CUCCAGAUUUUCUCUCAGUCAUUAAUACACAUACAUUCAGGACAAUCUGUAGGAAGAAAGGAGACUUUUAAACUUUCCACUGAGCGGCCAGGAAGCGGCCUUGACUUUUUCCGGCAUCCCACUUUUUUGUUUAUGUGGGAUUUUGCUUGCGCUGAAGGUAUUUCGAGAAUUCCCUUUCUGUUUGGAGGAGGAAACCUGAACCAGUCAGUCUUGGCCACGAGGUUGUUUCCCAAGGUUCCUAAGUUGGUUGAGAGAGAGAGAGAGAGAGAGAGACUCUAAGAAGAAAACCGGCGGGGGGGGGGGGCGGGAGAAGGACCACCCCUGGAUCCAGCAGGGGACUUUUAAAAGGCCCCGCCUCCAGGCUAUGUUUCGCCUUCAACGUCUGCAAGCGGGAUAAUUGAAAGGAAGGCAGGAAGGCGGCGAAUUAACUCCCCGCACAGUUACUUUGUAGCGGGUAAUCCUUGCAGGCUCCUUCCUUCUCGACCCGCCCUGAGUGGCGAGGGGGGCGUUAGCCGAGGUAGGAGCAAGAAAGUCAACUCAAACUCAGACAGAGUGAAGCCCCUGCCUGCGGCUGCUGCGCUCUCCUUCCCGGCUCCUUUCCUGCCGCUUCCGCGCCGCUCACUGAUGGAGAAUCUGCGCAGGAUCCGGCUGCUCCUUCUUCUGGCUUCGGUGCCUUUGUGCGGCGCGCAAGGUAAGCAAACAGCUGCAAUGCUGCAAAAUGUUUGAAUUGCAGGGCGAGGACGAGGAGGAGAAGACCGGCUGCCUCCCCCCCCCUCCCCCGCCACGGGCUGGGAAAGCCAAGACUUGACCCGGGGCAAAAGAGUCUGCGCUCGUGGAAAGUGUGUGUGUGUGUGUGUGUGUGUGUGUGUGUGUGUGUUUUGGGGGUGUCUUUGAGCCUGGCUGGGGACUGAAGCCCCUCGAGUUGGCGUGCAGGUUACUAGUUUCUUGCAGCUAAAUUAAAGCGCCCUAAUCUGCCCUAUUCUGAGUGUAGUUGAUUUCGACGAGACUGAAGUUAUUUUUCCUUGAGGUUAUUUUACGAUACCCAAUACUUGGAAAUUUCGACAUUCAGAAACAUUUUCACGAAAGGAGAAAGGAGGAGACAAAUUCAUUUCGGAAGCCAGCUCUUGCUCACUUAUGUGGUGCCGCUUACCUCCGAGUAAAUAUGCAUAUCGAUAAAUGAUAAAUCUGUAAGGUGUAACAUUCUUUAUAAGUUAAGCAUAAGAGAUGCUUUUGCCUUUGCCUUUCUGGUCAAACCAUCCAUGCUCCGAGUGUGGAUGUGAGCAGGGCUUUUUUCGAGUCAGAACUCUCUGGAACUCGGGUCCUGGCCCCUCAGGUGGGCAGUCAGGGUGAGUUCUGGCACCUCUUUUUCUUGAAAAAUAGCACUGGAUGUGACCCUAGUGUAAACAGAUACCCAGUUUACGCCAUCAGGGCAUGGUGUCUCAACAGGGAUGUGCCCCCCCACUCCUAACUUCUGUGCCCUCAGAAGUUUGAAGGGGCAGCUGAUGGGCAGACUCUCCAUGCAAUCGGGAACCCUGAGGGUUAUAGGUGUACAGUACAUUUGUAUGACUGCAGGCUUUCAUUUCAGGCAUUGCGCUGAGUGCAUAGCUGUUGAGGCUGGUCCAGUGGGUGUUGUCCUGCUUCCCCUUCCAUGCACUUGCUAUCUCUGUGUGCUGGUGAGGUGAAGUGCGGGGGCAGGAUGAGUAAAUGGCGCUAAUGUAAUCCCAGGUUUUCUUCUCCGCUGGUACUGUCAAAUGGCAUAGUCCAUUAGGGCAUAUCAUUUUAGGGGGUAAAAUUUAUUUUUUGCAAAUUUAUUCAGUGAGGGGGGUAUUUAAAAUAUGUUUUGAGUGUGAGGAAUUCAAAUCCAAUAUUAUUUUUGUGAUUGGACAAUAUUUAGCUUGGUAAGUCUGAAUUUGAUGAAGAAACAUAUAAACUGCUUUCGGAAAACCAACUAAUAUUAAUUUUACCUUCUGAAAAUGUUAAAAGGUAAAGGGUAAAUGGACCCCUGACCAUUAGGUCCAGUCGUGGCCGACUCUGGGGUUGCGGCGCUCAUCUCGCUUUAUUGGCCAAGGAAGCUGGUGUACAGCUUCUGGGUCAUGUGGCCAGCAGGACUAAGCCGCUUCUGGAGAACCAGAGCAGCGCACGGAAAUGCCGUUUACCUUCCCGCCGGAGUGGUACCUAUUUAUCUACUUGCACUUUGACGUGCUUUCAAACUGCUAGGUUGGCAGGAGCAGGAACUGAACAACGGGAGCUCACCCCGUCACAGGGAUUCAAACCGCCGAACUUCUGAUCGGCAAGUCCUAGGCUCUGUAGUUUAACCCACAGCGCCACCUGCAUCCCUCUGAAAAUGUUAGGUGAUGCUUAAUAAUAAUAAUAAUAUACAAGUACUUGGCAAUCAUUUUAAAUGAUUUCUGUGCAAUUUUAUGUAUAUUUUACUUACAAAACAAAGUUAUAUUAAUUUAACCAAAAUAUCUUUUGCAUUCCCAAGCCAUGUUACAACUUUUUAGCAUCCCUCAAUUUUCAGAAUUUGAAAGUUGAAGAGUUCAACACACCGUGUGACAGUUUAAUUUGCAAUUUUUAAAUUGAAGGGACUAGUAUUGAGGAUGUCAUAGUAACUACCACAUAUAGGCCAACAAGUUCAUGGAUCUAAUAAAGGCAUUACUUUCUCACCUGAAGAUGGUUUAAUAAUGUGUGGGGUGUGUGGUAGGUGGGCAAACCACAGAUUUGCUCAUCUGAUGGAGCAUCACCUUCCUCAUUUGCAACAUUUACAUUGUGCUUCUCAGGUGGUCAGGAAAUGUCAACAGAGAAGCACAGGACUAGGGGCGAAUUGCCCACCACUAAGCAGAUUAUGUUCUGAAUGUUUUGGAAGUUCACUGUCAUGGACUGGCUGGAUGCUGAGGAGUGGUGGGAGGCGACAGCUGAGGAACCUCCGGGAGAAUUCCCACGAGAUGAAGGCUCAAGGUCUGGGGAUUGGUAGUAGUGGGAUGAUGAAUGGUGAGGGGGAGAAGACUGGGAGGAGAAGGUAUCAGAAGGUGAAAUGUAACAGGGUUUAGUGAGCAGGAAGAGUCUGUGGCAGAGAGCAGUCCAGAAUCGGAGGCAGAAUCAGAGGCUCAAGAGGAGAGGGGCCAAGAGGCAGAGAUGAGUCUGGCUGGUGAAGAAGCCAGGGGGUCUCCCCCUCCUGCUGUGACUUGAUCUCCUCCCACCUGGUCUCUCAGAACCAGAAGGGGUAUGAAGAGGGUGAAGCAAAAACAAACAAGGCGGCAAAGUCUCAGGUUGCCUGGGAAGGACCCGGGGGAGGAGAAGACUUAAGGAACUGUGGGAAGGUGGGGACCUUCAGUCCCCACAACGGCUCAUAGGGGCACAAUCUACCGGGAUGAGUUGCUGUGCUCACUAGGCCUGGCCUCCUGAGUUGACCUGAGUUUCUUUGAAGAAAGAGUUAACUUGUGAUUUAUUGCCAACCUACUCCUGACAUUCAGAUGUGUUAUGUGCAUGCUUGCUCUCUGUUCGGUGCACUCAAUAUGGCAGUACUUGGGUUGCUGUAUUUUGAAGACACAUUUACCAACUUCUUUUAAAUAUGGAUCACUAUGAUGACUCUCAUUUUACAUAUCCAUGACAAAGAGGACGUGUCCUGGAAAAAGAGGACACAUGGCAACCCUACUAGAUGCAAGAUUGUAUCAUCCACUAUUGGGGGUCAUUGCAACCACAAAUUUUAUCUGGCUACCCAGGCUGGCUCAAGUAUGCGAACCCCGGUAGCAUGAGAAAGGCCCCCAGUUUGUUUGAUAUAUAUUUAUAAUAUAUGGGGCUUUGUUGGAUAUGUAUACAGUGGUGCCUCGGUUUAAGAACAGUCCUGUUUACAAACGAUUCAGUUUAUAAAUUCCUCAAAACUGGAAGUAGUGUCCUGGUUUGUGAACUUUACCUCGGUCUAAGAAUGGGAGCUGAAUGGUGGAAGGGCACCAGCGGCGGGAGGCCUCAUUAGGGAAAGUGCGCCUUGGUUUAAGAACGGUUUCGGUUUAAGAACGGACUUCCAGAACCGAUUAAGUUUGUAAACCGAGGUACCACUGUAUAUGAUAAGGGGCUAAUUCUUCUGCAGUAUUAGUGUCUGCUUUUUUCUUAAGGCUAGACUUUUCUCUCAGCCAAGAUUGUAAAUUCAGAUCAUCUGAUCAGUUUCAACAUUUUACACACAACAAAAACUGUCAAGGGCAGCUUGAUUUGCCCAAGGGCAGCUUGAUUUGCCCCAGAAUAUUCAUAAUUUUGGAAUGGUAUGAAAGAAGGAAGACGGCUGUUGUAAUGCCUUGACUGACACCUUGCGUAUUGCACACUUUGGAGUUACUUGAAGGCAUGUCCAAAGUCUAUUUUGGGGGCCUAAUCUGGCCCACCAGUCGGUUUAAUCUGGUAAAAUCCUAAAAACAACUGCCAACAACUUUGGUUGGCCCUCAUGGCCCUUCACUUCAUCAAAUCUGGCCCUCUUUGAAAAAUGUUUGGACACCACUGUGUCUAAUCCAAUGUCAUUGAAAUUCUUUCAGCUGGAGUUUUGGCCAGCCUAGACAGUGAUUUGAACCAGUUGUAAGACUGCAAUAUUUUUUUUAAAAUAACAAUUAGAGUGACUCGUUUAUUAGUUCUAAUGUUCCUGCUGCGUAGUGAACUUUUGUGCAUGAAAUAUUAAGUAUGUCUGUAAUCCUGUUGCUCAUUAACUGUGUUUAUUUUGCUAGACCUGGCCAUUGUCCACAAAUAAUCUGAAGUCCAAAUAACUAAGGUUGCAAUGUGCACACAGUUAAGCUGCCUAAAUGUCACAGUGUUCAGGAUUGCAGUCUGUUCAGUUUAGUUCUUUUUGGUUUUCUUUUUCCUUUUAAUGUAUUUGUCAGCUGUAUAGCUAAUUUCUUUUUCUUUGUAAUUUUAAAUUCCUUAAUUUCCCACAUGUGUUCUGUCUUUUCACUUCUGCAUUUUUCAUUUAAAAAUAGUUUUUAAUUCAUCUUGAUUUCAUAAGAUUUUACUGUUGUGUUAUGGUGCUUUUUCCACAUCCUUACUCCAACUGGAUUAUUUCAAUCUAAGAGCAGUAACAGCAUUUUUAUGAUUAUAUCUCAGAUAUGCAGUUGAAAGCAGUUUAAAAGAGGAUCACUGAGACAUUAUUCUUCAUUCAUUAGGUCACUCAAGAAAGCUGGUUGGCAGUAGGUUCAGGUUUGGCUCCCUGGUAUACGCCAGAGUUUAGGGCAAGGAAGCAAGCUGGGAGACAACUUAAAUGCAAGUGGGAGAAAGGUCCGGCUGAAUGCAACCGAACACUGGCAAGGGCUCCUCAUCAAACCUUCGUAGUGUCAGUGAAGGCAGCAAAGGUGGCAUACUUCGCUGCCUCCAUUGCACCCUCAUUAUGUCAUCCGGCGGAGGAAGUGGGGUGCGGUGGCUGCGGCCCGCCCCAGGCAUCAUCCCUGGGGGGGUGAGUGACAUCGCAGCUCCGCCCCCCUGGGACGCUCGCCACUCACCCCGCCCCUGGGUGCCCAGCAUGUGUGCCGCCACUCUGGGUGCCAGAGCAGCUAGAUCCGCCUCUGCAGGGAGGGUGGACAGAUGAUUCCUCAAUGUCAUUUCCUGAGUGCUUCUAAAACACAAUUGUUUUUUCUUUCUGCAGAAAUUUCAGUGGAGAGCUGCUGCUCACAGGGAUAUGAAUGGGCAAGUCAAAAGAGAGACUGUAGUUCUCUGCCAUCACAUCCUGAUUCCAAAGAAUGCAGGUAUUCUUCAAAGCAGCUUGCUUGCUUGUUGUUAUAGCUACAGAUAGACUACUCCUCUGGGAUAAAGCACUGGCCUUGAAAGCCCAGUGUCCUAAGUUUUCUCUUCACUGCUACUGUAGGGUCCCAUUUCGACACUGACCUGGGACUUCUUCCCAUGAUAGUAGUCUUUAGUGGAAAAAUAGGGGCCUCCUGCCCAAUCUAUAAACAGCACUCUGAAAAGAACCUUUUUGGGGAAAAUAUUUGUUGUCUUGCUUUUCAGAUUUGUAAUUGUAGAUGUCCUGGCUUGAUUUCUUUUUAAGAAUGGAAAGAAUGUGUUUUGCAAUCCUGUCUGCUAGUACUUGGUGAAUGUUUACAUUUAUAUUGGCAUUGAAUACGGCCUCCUACACAAAGUGGUUGACAGAUAAAACUUAACUUGAUUUGAAGUUGCUUGAAUAACAAUAAAAAUUUAAAAAGAUGAAACAUACACAGGGGUCAGGAAAAGGGGAAAUCCUGUUGAGAAAUCAAAUUGAGGAACGCAGCCAAGCUCCUCUUGGUGCCUCAAGUCACAUGGCCCUGGCACCAUAUGGAUGGCACUGCAGUAUUUUGUCCCCCUGGUGGAUAGUCAUACUUCGUUAAAUAUUAUUAUUACUUGAACUGUGUUUUAUAUUUUUAAGAUUUUUUACUUUUUUAGGUCACUUUGUACAUAGUCAACAUGGUGUAUAACUGUUUUAACUAAGAAUGUGUGAUCUUGGGGCUGCAUGGACCCUCAUUUGCAGGAUCUUUCAGCCUAAAAAUCAUGCAAACCCAGUUGCUGUGCCUUUGGCUCCGUGUCACUCAUGUAUUUUGAUGUAAUGUGGAGGGAGUUCACUCCUCCACUCCACAUACAAGAUUACCACCAGCACACGGGUUUCGCCUGGGCCUAGGUUAUUACAACUGCUACUCCUUUAACGUCACAUAAUGGGCAUGUUUGUUGCCAGAGCCGUAGCUGAGUGAUCUUGCGCCCCUGGCAGAACUGUCCAGAUUGCACCCCCUAGCCAUGGACAAAUUAUCUCUUCUUUCCGCCUCUCCUCCAACCCCCCCAUUCAAUUCACCCUCUAUUUAAAACCAUUUCUUAUGAGGCAAUCAUCAAUAUUUAUGGACAUAUUUUUAAGCCAAUUUUGCCCCCCCCAUUGCCUGUGCCCCUGGCAGGGGCCCACCUCACCACCCCCUAGCCGAGGUGGUAUAUUUGUGACUUGACUGUACCACUUGUACAAAUUGAAGCUGAGGUCCACUAAGAAUGCGUGUUCCUCUGUGCAACCCGCCCCCCACCCCCAUUAAAAUCCCUCUGGGGAUGAAAAAUUGGCACAUCAGAGAGAAACUUGAGCUAGAAUAGGUUUACUGCCUUACACAGAAUUAGGCUGAUAUUGCUUACACGUACUCUGUAAACACCCUGUUCAAAUUGAUUUCCAUAAAUGAGUUUGUUGAAAAGAGCAGCAGGUCCCUCCUUUUGUAUUUAAUGUUGAAAUGCUAAAUACCAACUUAGCAAGUUCCUUAUUUAACCACAAUGUUCUCUGGAAAAUGAUGGAAACGAGAAGGUGAGGGACUCCCCUCUCAACCACUUGAAACUAGAUUGGUGCUAGAGGAAUUUCCCCCCUUAAGUUAUAGCCUGCACUUUGAAUGGUUUUUAUGGAAAUGAAUGAAAGGGAAAUAAGAGCAGUUCCUGAUGCAGUUAGGAAAAUCAUGCUGUUUUUAAGCAUUCACUCUCUGGAGGGGAUAGCAGAAGACAUGAAAGCGUUCUGGAGCUACAGUUCAUUUAAUGAACAGGAAUGCAGACUUUCUCUGCUAAUUGUAAAUCUGAUGAAGAGGUGAAGUAAAAGCCCACAAUUCUGUUUCUUUAAAGAUCUCUUGGUUGGCUUUAUUCAUUGGACAAAGACUUACUUUUUAAAAAAAGUAUGUUGUUUGUAUUGAGAGGGUUGGGAAAGAGAGGUAUGCCCUGUCCAAGAAUUGUACCCAACUAAGCUAUACUCUGAGUAGACCAAUGCACUUAGUUUGUCAAGUCAUUGGUUUCAGUAGGUCUGUACUUGUUGCUUGGUGUUAUGUACCGGUAUGUAUCUAAACCAGGAAGAGCCAAUGUGAAGUUCCUCAGGUGUUGUUGGACUACAGUUCCCAUCAUCCAUAGCUAGCAUAGCCAAUGGUCAUGGAUGAUGGAAGCUGUAGUCCAAGACCAUUUGGAGGGUGUUACACCGGCUAACCUUAAUUAAACUAAAACCAAACUUUAUCGACAAACCAGGUUGUGUAGCUGGUUUGGUGCAGAUGUGUGGUUUCCUGAGCUCUUAACCAAGAUUAAGAAAUCAGGACACGACUCAGGCUCACGUAUCCUUCUGCCCUGCUCUCUUGUGAACCCCCAUUCCCCACUUCUCUUGCCCACACUAAGCUGCCCUAAGUGGAAUACUAACCAUACUUGGCUGAAAGCAGAUGUCAAAUUCUAAUUUAGAACUAUGGUUUUUUCUAACUCAGGGCAGGUGUGACACUAAUCAUCAUCAUCAACAUCUUCAGGGCAGUUUCCCUACCUCUCCAAACUUUGCUUUUAAACUCUCAGUAAAGCCUAACUAAAUAUAGAUUUCACUGGCCCAGUUCACACGUAACACCAAGCCAAACCACAAUUUAGCGACCUCUUCAAGCGGAAAUCAUGAACACUUUGUUCUUCCUCUGCUCUUGCUAUUGUUGUGCUGCUGCAAGCUAAACUAUGGUUUGGGCUUAGUGCGUUGUCUGAACUUGGACUCGUGGUUUGUCUCCUCCAGACAAACCAUAAGCCAUUAGAAAGAAGCCUUGGCUACAGCUUGUGGGCUGUCUGAAGAUGCUGAGAUUUUGGCUUGAGGCAAAUAUUACCAUACAAGCCUUUAUGUGCUUGGCCUCAGACACACCCACCUCCCCUCCCAUUCUAUUUACUUAUUUGUAGCAUAGCUCAGGAACAAUGCUGCCUCAAUCAACUGGAAGAGCUGCGUUGCACAGCAGGAAUAGCGAUUGCCAGCAAGCAUGAAGACUGUGAUUCCAAUGAAGGCAAUACUACCUGUGAAGACAAAGUCAUUAAGGUGAGAUUUCAGAGUUGCCAUUAUUUGAUAUCAACCGUUUGCCUUGAAUUAAGGCUCAGAAUUUAACCUCCUAGGCACAGCAUUGUAUUCAAGCCUCCUGGAGUCUAGAUUUCCACAGUGUUUCUGGAACAUGGCAUUCUGGGAAUCAUAUCAGCUCCUCAGUAAGAAGACUGGUAGGAGGAGGCAGCUUGCCCUUUAUUAUAUUAUACCUAUAUUAUAUUAUAUUAUACCUAUAUUAUAUUAUAUUAUGUUUAAUAUAUUCUUAUUUAUAUUUAUUCCCCUAUAGUGUGUAGCAUCUAGGUUGGGUGUGCCCUAAGGCACCCAGCCAGUACCCCACAUUAGAUGAAUGGUGUGUUCUAAAACAUUGUAAUUCUUAAUUUUUCCUAUAUACUUCUGCCUACAACAUUGUUUAAGUCAACAAGCAAGAGCCCUCUUGUGGCAACUCCUUAACGUACCACUAGCACAAUGUUUGCUUCUUGACGCUGCUGGUGUUUGCUAAUUGGCAAUAUCACCCAUUGUUGAGAUUACAAAGCUUUAUGCUGCUCUUUCUUAUACUGGAACUAAAUAUUAUGGCUGAUGUGUGGCAGCUACCCAAAAUAACCUUCCCUGUGUCUCCUCUUCCCAGAAUUGGUUCUAGGACAUGAAAUAGAUUAAUGCACCAACCUGGGUGAAACUAAGCAGGUCUAAAUCUGGUCAGGAGCCAGAUGGGAGACUACUUUGGUGCCCAUCACAGAACAAAGGCAAGAUUUAAAUGUAAUAAAUGAAAAUAAUUGGGAUCCUCAGCACAUCGAGAGUUUCCCCUGUAGUGAGACGCAGGAGCUGGUGGUGAAGGUGGGGAAAAUCUCGUUGCAUUGACAUCUCAGCAUGAGUUGAGUAUCCAUGGAUGUUGAGGAGGUUACAGGAGUGGUAAAGGGCUGCUGUUAUUUCAGUGCUUCGCCAGAGCCUAACUUACAACUUGUCCACCAGCCACAGCCAUCUUUGGGGGUGGGGAUAGCACAGCUGGAUACAGCCGACAGGCAUACUAGUCAUUUAUAUUAUUUAUCUCUACUGUCCAUCAAAAUGGGAUUUGCCAUUUCUCCCCUAUUGUAUUUAUAUGAAGAUUUAUUUUUUUUAAGUCAUAGUUAAGAUCUAUUCUUGUAUAUGUAUUAUGUGGGCAUCAAAGAAGCAAAAAUAAUGUAUGGAGUAUGAGAGCAAAAAUAUUCUGGAGGGAACCACUGGACUGAGAGCAACAUAUAGGCCUUUGGUAAUGUAUGAAAUACGCCACAGGUUGACCUUUGGUUGUUUGUGAAAUAUAUGUUGGGAAAUGUAAUAAAAAUUAUUCUUAUUAUAUUACAUUACAUAACAGCUCCUUUCAAUUUCCCCAGAAACCCCCCAAAAUACAUUAUGAGAACUUUUAUCCGUAUAGAAAUAUUUUUAAAAUAAAUACAUGAUGUGAUGAACACCAGGGGAGGGAAGGAGGACUGAGGGAAAGCGGAGAGGACAUGGUUUAGAGUUGCAUCCAACCUGAGGGGCCACUGUACUGCAAAAAGGAACCUGAAUGUGGCUGCUAAUACAAUACUAUAAAGCUCAUUGAUAAUGUCUGUAUUGCAUUUUGGCAGAAAUGUUGUUAUUGCUGCUUUAUGGGGAAGGUGGCCCAAAAGCAAGGGAACAGCUGUGAGCAGAGCCUCCUGAUGGGAUACCAGUGUGGUUUGGUCUUCCGAGCUUGCUGUGUUGAGGGGCAAGAAAACUCUGACACGUUAAUUGUUGAUGAUCCUAACAAAGAACUAGGUAAGUUACACACACCCCCCAGCACAACUUUAUUUUUGAAAUAUGUAGAGGGGAAUUGUUUCAGAUUCAGUUCAGUUCAGAACUAAUGAGAUUUAAUGAGAUUGUGCUAGGAAUUCACCCUGUGCAGAAAUGGUUGAUGUCUCAGAGCUGGGGUUUUGAAGUUGUCUACCUUCAGGGAACACCUUCCAAAUCAGCUUGUCUUGCUUGGGCAUUUCCACAUAUCCUCUGUGCAUUGCAAGGAUUUUAGGGGCAGAUCCUGGCCUAGUUUAUACACACCUGAGUUAUAUACUUAGCUCACCUGAAGGAGUGGCCAGUUAUGAGGCUUCAUCAUUGCCUCACUUUCUGCUGAUGCACACACCAAAGAGAAGACGGUGUGGGGGCUCCAGCAUCACCCCUGAACUGCCACUUCUGUGGUUGCUCUAUGAAAUAUCUGUGUGUUCCUAAACAACACCUUCAAAAGUUGCUUGAUCAGGUUGCUGCUAUUGGUGUGGUUCACAACUGCACAAGCCAUCGGUCAGUGUUUUGUUUCUCUCUCUGCCAAUAGCUGGAGUUUCAAUGUGCUACAGCAAUACUGAAAGAAGUAAAAAAAGCUCCCUUUUUAUCUAAAUCUUUAACAACUCCAUGUUCUAGGUAAUCCUUAACCAUUAUGAGGCUUGCAUUACCAUGUGGCGUCCCAAUCUCCUGCCCUUAAAUCUCAUGGAAUGCCAGAGAAACAAAAAGAACAUGAAGUGCUAGUGGUCAAAGUGACCUCACAAAAUGUUGUUUUUGUUACUGUUUUGUUACUCUCCUUGCCUGGCCUACAGACACUUAAUUCAGAACCGUUCUGUCCAUUUGUGAGAAAGGAGCAUACAGAGUGGAAAAAACAAAACAAAACAAAUCUAUUUUUUAAACAUUAUAACUCAAAUAACUCUGUUGAUGUUCAACAAUACUUACUGGGUCUGCUUUUGGAGUCAUUUUAACUUCAGUUGCAUCUGCAAAUAUUUAGAAGCAACCUGUGUGGCUGAGGUUCAUGGCAAUUCUCAGUCAAGGACCUGCUAGAUGACCCCUUGUCCUUGUUUAAUUCUCAGUCAAAGACCUUUAGACAAUGCCUUUCCUGAGACAGCAUGGAAUGAGUUAGCCUCAGCAACUAAAAAUCUAGGCCAGACAGCAGUUGAGGAACUAACAACCACAUUUACAAAACUCUGGAUGGAAUAGGACUACAGAUAACAUUCUCACUCUGAGGCAGAUUUGGCCUAAAUCCAACUAUCUUGGGAGGUACCCUUAAAAAAGCAUCUCUACGAGAAAAUGUCUGGCAGGAGUCACUGUGUGGUAAUUGACCUGUUACAAAUGGUCAUAUAAACCUCAGAUUUAAAACAGAGUCAUAAACAAGACUUCGUACAUCAAGAUCCAUUCUAAAUAACAGGACAAAGGGCCAUUUUAUUUUAGCAGGCUUGACCUUUCUGUCUCACUCUCCUAAUGUUUGGCUUUUUUCUCCCUCAAGACGCAGCAUCACCAGUGGAAGUUGAUAAUGAGGAUCAUUACCUUAAUGACCGCUGCAGAGGUAAUUUACUAAUUUGUGGGGCAGGGCUGAGAGAGAGAAGCUGUUUGUCAGACCAGUCUGUGAGUUUGUGACUGAAUCUGUUCAGGGGCCUCCUGGCUCACUGAGAAACCACUACAAUAAUAGAAUCGUAGAGUUGAAGGGACCACUGGGGUCAUCUAGUCUAAGCCCUGCAAUGCAUGGGGCCCGAACCCAUGCCCCUGAGAUUAGGAGUGUCUUGCUUUAUUGACUGAGCCAUCCCAGCUCUGCUGCAUUUGUCCAUAUUGCACAGUUUGCUCCUAAUACUAAUGUCACUCUUAAGCCUUUAGUCAGGCACCCUGUAAAAUUAAUAUUGUCUACCAUUUUUUGGUUUCGUGGGCUGUGUAGAAGGCACAUUACAAGUCCUCCACAGCAGCUUAGCUCUGUUUUGUUGGCAAUGCAUGCAGACUGCUAGCUAUAGUCAGCGUUGCCAUUUCAUGUGCACUGCGUUGCAGGGGGUUGGACUAGAUGACCCUUGGUGUCCCAGCUCUACAAUUCUAUGAAUUCAUGAAUGGUGGCAACCAUCCCAUUCACAGAUCCCUCUUUCCAUUUUGGGCUUACCUUGACUGAACAAUGCAAAUUUAGGAUACACAUAAUAGUGGAAACAAAAGAGUAUUCUGUUCUGGUUUUGAACCACUAAUUUGUAGUUAAUUGUUUGUUUUCUCCAAAAGAAAUUAAGGAAGAUACAAUGCUGUUAAAGGGCAAAUGCUUGAUGCUGGUCUUUGGGUUUCUUAAUGAUGAACUUUAAAAGAACUAGCUAUCUUCUGCUGUUGUCCUUCGCAGGAGGCGGCCCUUGCACCCAGCAAUGCAGGGACUCUGGCUCAAGUGUUCUCUGCUCUUGCUUUAUGGGCUACCAGCUUCAGCCUGAUGGCUUCACUUGCGAAGGUAAAGGAAGGUUGCCGUUUGCUUUUCUUUUGUAGUUUUGUCCUUUAUUUAGAGAAAUAACUCUGGCUAUGUGUGUCCUGCUGUUCAAGUACUCAAAGUAAGCUUGUGGAGUAAAUCAAGAGAUGAACAGAACAUAAGAGUGAGUUUGUGCACACAUCAUAUCCCUGUGUUUAGGGCAGCACUAAAGCCUUGUUCUUGGUGAAGCAGAAAGCCUGUAUAUCUCAGCGAUACCACUUCAGUAUGCAGGUGUGCACUUGCUCCACUGAGUGCUCCUUCAUAAAAGAGCAAUCGUGCACACUCUUGCACAUAGAAAACUUGCUGGGAAAGUGAUGCUGCAACACUUCUUCCUGCCAUUUAGUUUUCUAUAUGCAGCAGUGUGUGUGUGUGUGUGUGUGUGUGUGUGUCAUGAAAAAUACUCUCCUACUGCCUGGGGUAGUUCAUUCCAGCUACAGGUUAUUAGAUCAGUAAGAGUAUGGCCCACGAGGGGCUUCAGAUGUUGCAGGGAAGAACAGACAGUGCAGGUGCCUUAUGGUUCCUCUCUCUCCCUAAAGCCAUUAGGUUUGAAGUCAUGGCUUUAGAGAGAGAGUUUGGAGCUGCACAGGGACAUCCUGUUACUUCAAGGCGGAUUCUUUCCAUACUGCAUUUCUUGCAGCCCACCUUCCUUCAAGGAACUUGGUUUUUUGAAAAUAGGGAACCAGUGACUGGUCCAAGGUAGCUCAGUAAUAGUCGUAGCUGAGUAAGGAUUUGAACCCAGGUCUCCUAAAUUUCCACCUAUUACACUAAGAAGUGGAGAAUACUGCCCAGGAUAGAAAUGACGUGCACACACACAACACACACAGUGAAGAAUCAGCUACUGGCCACUUUUCUUCAUCCCUUAUUUGUCUCACCUUAUAUCUCUGUGUAGAAGCUAAUUUCCCCUGAUCCUUUCGGUGUUGUGUAGCUUUCUCUGGCUGCUGCAGGAGCUUUCAGAAUUUCUCAUGGCUUGCCUGCUCUCACGUGGCAAAUGUAACAUGUGACCAAGAUAGGCAGACCCAAAUCCCUGAAAGCUAACUUGGCAUAGGAUUAGGCUGAAUAGGAGGCUAAUAUAUGCACUGGGGGUGCAGGGUGUCAGGGCUGCAGCAAACAUGAAUUGAAAUGGAUCAGAAAAAUCUUUGGCACUAGGGACAGAAAGAAUAUUACAUCAUCAUCAUCCCAUCUUUUCCCUAGAACGGGACUCAAGGCAUCUUACAAAAAUUGAAUCAACAUGGAUAAAACACCAAAAACUAAAAACAUAUAUAAGAUAAUUGUUUAAAAGCUAAUUAAACUAUUAUUACAUACUGAGUGUAACUGAGUUCCGUUAUAUGCACUGGGUCUUUUGCAGUUGACUAAUGAGAUGCAGAUUUUUCAACUGAAUAGGAGGAAAUAGGCAACUUGCACAUUUAUGAAAGGAUAAGAGGAAUAAAAGAAUAAACUUUUAGUUAAGAUUGAGUUCAGACAAACUGUGGCUCAGUUAUUUGUUGGUUAGCUUUCUUAGCUCUGGGAAAGCAGAAAUCAUUAUGUUGCACAUUUUCUUGCUCCGACCGCCGCCACCAGCGCCACCAGCCAGGGCUGCGCAGCGCAUGCAGGCAUUAGGGAAUCCACAGGAUGGGAUGUUGUGGCAUGAGGUGUAUUUUGCUGAGGAUUAGUAGCAGUGUGUGGAAUUUGAUUCUUUUCCUCUGAAGAAACUGCCAUGAGAUUGGCAGGAGGUCAGCAGAGCUGGGGAAACUGGAGGGACAUAAAGUGUAUCUAACCAAAAAGGAGAAGAAUGACUCUCUUCGUCAAGUUUAGUUUUGCUUUCCUUCUCCCUUUCUUUUAUGAAUAUUACAUGAGAAAUAAGUUUUUGUUACUUUGAGAGUCUAAUCAUACACACUGCUUACUUCCUGAACACCAGCGAGCAUUCUCUGACUUUGACUUCCUGAUGGUCGUAUGGUAUGGCAAAGUUGCCGUUUCACAUAUUUCCCCCUUGAUUAUUUCUAGAUAUGAAUGAAUGCCUUACCAACCCUUGUGCCAUUGGACAAAUUUGUAUCAAUACAGCAGGAUCUUUCCGCUGUCAGCGGGAGACCAGCUGUGGGACUGGUUAUGAACUGACAGAGAACAACCUUUGCAAAGGUAUGUUUCAGACUUCUCACAAGAGAGAUAGAUGGUUGCUGUAGUUCUUACUAAUGUAUCCUGUUCUCUUGAAAUUUGCUGUGUUAGGUCCAGUUCACACAUAAUGCAGGAAGCUUGUUUGCCACAUGUACACUAGUGUUUGCUGUAGUGUAUGCUACAAAGCGGGACACCUUUUCUCAUGCUGGGUUCUGAAAUUAGAAGCCCACCCAGCUGAGGUGAAAAUGAAUUUGGGGAGUAUUUUCAGAGUAGCGUAGGCAGGAUAAAGCCUCCCACCGUUAGUCCUUAUGAGUGUAGCCCUUUGCCAGCUUGAUUCCUGUUAUAGUGACUAAUGUGGCUUUGGCACCACAUGUUUGCUGCUAUAACACCUAGUUCUACCUUAAUCCUGCAGUGUGGUUAUACCUUUAGAAUAAUAAUUAAAAAACCCACAUUUGGUCUGAUUUGCUUAAAUGUUGCUUGUGUCUGAAGCAUGACAAGAUGGCUCUGCAAGACAUUACGCUAACAGAUUCUUUCUUUUGUGAUGUACCAGAUAUUGACGAGUGUGAGACUGAUACUCAUAACUGCCUCCCCGAUUUUAUCUGUCAGAAUACUCCAGGAUCCUUCCGUUGCCGACCCAAGCAACAGUGCAGGAGCGGCUUUAUACAAGAUGCACUGGGCAACUGUAUUGGUAAGGCAUGUUGCGCCUGAAAGCCAGUACCAUUGAACUGGGUGUCAUUCCUGAGAGGCUAGCUGCUGUUACAGCUGCCCCACUAUUGCCACUGGGAAAUUUCCUCCGUUUAUGCUGUCCCUGCCUAUGCUUUGUCUUUUCAAGGGAGCAUGCUCAGUUAAGAUUUUAAGGUUGGUGUUCUGCUCUUAAAAGUUUCCCUUUUAAUUUAAUGUUUGUACUGUUGUAGAUAUCAAUGAAUGCUUGAGUGCAAACGCACCUUGUCCUGCUGGACAGACUUGCAUCAACACGGAUGGGUCUUACGCUUGCCAGAGGAAUGUGCCAAACUGUGGGCGAGGCUACCAUCUAAACGAAGAAGGCACAAGAUGUGUAGGUUGGUACAAAGGGUCCAUUUAAUCCUUCCUCCUGGAGAGAUGCCCCAGUCUUUUUAAUGUCAUUUUCACUUCUGCUAUUUUCCAAGAGGUUUUUUUGCUAAAAAAUCUUGAGUGCUAUAUAACAUUCCUAAAUAAAUAUUUAGGACCCCAAAGGCAGUUUUUUAAAACUCUAAGGAGCUGUGUAAUGCUUACCCGAGUGAUUGCCCCACAGGGCAGAGCUCAAAGAAGCUUCGGAACCAUGGGAGCAAAAGUGCUGUGAAAUACAGGACCACCCAGACAGAGCAGGGCUCCACGGCAUGUGCUGUCUCUCUCAGCCCAAGUGUUAUUAGUGGCCGUGCACCAAUCCCCAGCCCUGCCUACAAUUAUUAGUCUGGAAGCGCUGCCUAAGCUUUGGUUCUGUUUUCUUGGAGAGUUUCCAGCCCAAGGAUUGCAUAGUCCCCCUUGAUCCUCAGGUUUCUCUGAGCAGACUCAGUGGACCCAUGGAUCAGGUAUUAGACAGAUCUUUGGAGUCUUGAAAAUCUGGAAUCUUAAGAAUAAGCUUUUUCAUUGCAGUUUGCAUGGCCUUGUCUGCCUGUAGUGCCCAGGACUUGGACAAAACGCAGAGAAAGGCUUUGAUUUUUUUUACAGGUUUGCUUGACUGUUCAACAAAAGCUUCUUGGGCGUACUCACUUCAACAUAAAUGGAAAUUUUGCUGGAGUCUGCUGCAUUAUAGAAUGUUUCCUUGGGUGUGUAAUCAACAUUAAUAUUUGCAAAGGAAUCAACACAGUAAAGCAAUAAAAUGCCAAGUUACGAUAGCUCACAACAGGUCAAGAACAGUCCCAAAAUCUAAAAGUUAUUUCUAGCAGCCGCUUAACAUUCCAAAGACCAAAAGACCUCCAAGUGUUUUUGCAGAUCACUUUAAGAAGGAUAGAGAACUGGCCAAGGCAGCAUUUGUCAGCAAAGAUUCCCCUAGGUGGCAUGGCAGCAUCAGGAAUGCCCUAGACCACAUAAACACCCACUGUGCUCCAAGGACACUCUUGACAUGACUGGUCUAUGUACAGUUGUGAGAUGAGUUGGGAAACCCAUGCACUCCAUGCGCAAACCUGUGUGUAGGUUCUCUGAAUCAGAGCCCUUUGGUUUUUUCUUACUUUGUCAUGUUAUGCUUUCACCUCAAAUUGUUUUUCUAACCCUUCUGUAUUACAAGAUGUGGACGAGUGUUUGCCACCGAAUCAGCCUUGUGGAGAGGGCCACACCUGUGCCAAUUCCCCUGGAAGCUACCGCUGUGAAUGCCGAGCUGGCUACUAUUUUGAGGGAAUCAGUAGAACCUGCGCUGGUAAGUGACAGGACAUGCGUUGGCUCAUGCCCUUCCUUUAGUUCAGCCAUCUAACCCUUAAAAAAAAAAGAUAAAUCAAUAGUAUUUUGCUUUAUUUGGGUAUUCCUAUGCCACACUUCACCACAAAGUCACAGGAAGGCAUACACCACAUUAGAACACACCACUACAUGUUUCUAAAAACAGUUGAAAUAGCAUUACAAAGUAAACAGCAGCAUAAACAAAAAUAACAGAAAUAACAUAGAACAACAAUGGAGACAACGCCAUCACCAUCAACAACGACAAUACAUUUUAUUAUUUAUACCCCACCCAUCUGGCUGGGUUUCCUCAGCCACUCUGGGCAGCUUACAGCACAUAUAAAACAUAGUAAAACAUCAAACAUUAAAAACCUCCCGAUGCAGGGCUGCCUUCAGAUGUCUUCUAAUAGUUGUGUACCUCUUUAUGUCCUUGACAUUUGAUGGGAGGGCAUUCCACAGGGAGGACGCCAUACUGCCGAGAAGGCCCUCUGCCUGGUUCCUUGUAACUUCACUUCUUGCAGUGAGGGAACCAGCAGAAGACUCUUGGAGCUAGAUCUCUGUGUUCAAUGGGGGUGGAGACACUCCUUCAGGUAUACUGGGCUGAGGCCGUUUAGGGCUUCAAAGGUCAGCACCAAUGCUUUGAAAUGUGCUCGGAAACAUACUGGGAGCCAGUGAAGAUCCUGGCUCUGAUAUUAGGAUACAACUUUUCAGCAGUUACCACACUGACUUGCUACAAUAUGAAUUGGGUCUAAGAUAGAAUAAUGUGCUCAAGCCAAAGUUAUAGUGAAGUGUGAAUCAUUCAGAAAUUGACUAAAAUGUUUUUGUGAACUCUCUGAUUUAUAUGCUUUUCUUGAAAUCUUCUGAAUGACAUGUUUAUUUCCGUAGAUAUUAAUGAAUGCCGACGAUACCCCGGUCACCUAUGUGCUCACAAAUGUGAAAACACUGCUGGCUCUUAUUACUGCAGCUGCACGAUGGGCUUCAAACUUUCAACUGACGGGCGGUCAUGUGAAGGUAACAUUGACAGUGCAAUCGUAUCCUUGCCUACCCCAAAGCACAUUCCACUGGGUUCAGUAGAGCUUACUCCUGGGCACGUGUUCAGCAGGGUUUCCCAAAUGUCUGAGUUUAUUGGUCUCUUCAUGAGGUUAUCAGCAACCCCAAUCCAAAUUCUUAGGAAUGUAGAUAAAGUUAAGUCAAGAAAUAUUGAUAUAUAAUCAACAUUUAUUAUUAGUCAGUCACCAUUACUAGGAAUCAUAAAAUACAAAAUGUAAGGAAUACUGUUGGAUUGUGGAAUAACCUUAUUAAAUACAGAAGUUCCUCACUGUUAAAGGAUGCGCACUCUGUACAUGCCCACACCCUUUAUUUCUGAGGCUCAUAGUUUCUAAUUCAUUUUAUCACACUGUAUUUUGUAAGCUACUUUUCCCACCCUUUCCUCCCUUUUGACCCCUAACUCUUUAUUCACCCCCCUGCACAGCCUCAUUGACCUCAGGGGAUUAAUACUGACCACCUUGGGAAAUUCUGGUGUGGUGUAUAGAAUUGCAGCCCUAUAGUGUGAGUGUGAAGGAAUGGUUAGCCUAUCAGGCCAGGACUGGAGAGACCUGGAUUCAAGCAAUGAAUCUCGCUUAGCCAUGAAGCUCACUGGAUGACCUUGGGCCAAUCACUGAGGAUAAAAAUGGAUGAGCCAUUUUGUGGUGUCUUGAACUCCUUGGAUGAAAGCCAGGAUAUGAAAGGAAUGGAAUUAAAUUAAUUCAGCUGCUCAACCAUUCAUACGGUUGCUGACAAAUAAGGUAAAAAAUAUUGCUUUGCAUUAAUGCGUUUUUGUUGGUUUCAGACUUGAAUGAAUGUGAAAGUAAUCCCUGCAGCCAGGAGUGUGCUAAUGUAUAUGGUUCUUAUCAGUGCUACUGUCGUCGGGGCUACCAGCUGAGUGACAUAGAUGGCAUCACCUGUGAAGGUGGGUAGCAAUCAUUAUGCACACGGCUCAUAUUAACAUAUGGAAGCUGCACUGUUCUAAUGAAGACCAUUGGUCCAUCUAUCCCAGAGUGACUGGCAGCAGCUCCCUGAGGGUUCAGGCAGGGGAGUCUUCUGUGGAGGCCUCACUCCCUCACGUGGGCACCUGAAGGUUUUUAAGAACAUAGGAAGAGUCAUGCUGGAUCAGGCCAUAGGCCCAUCUAGUCCAACAUCCUGCUGUCAUAGUGACCAGCCAGAUGCCAUGGGAAGCCUGCCAGCAGGACUACGAGACUAGAUCAUCCCUCUCCCGAAUUUGGGAUACUUAGCAGCUGGUAUUGAAUGCAUACUGCCUCUGACACGGGAGAGAGAACCUAUCUGCCAGGGCCAGUAGUCAUGGAUUUGUCUGAUUCUCUUUUAAAGCCAUCCAGUAAUGGGAGUGAAUUCCAGUUUUUGCUAUUCUUCCAGAAGCGUUCUCCUAGAAACUGCUGAAGCUUGCUGAAUUGAUUACCUUGGAAUUUUGAGGGGAGCGGGGAUCAGGAUUGUUUCCAUGGAAGUCUAAGAUCCAAUUUACCCAUCGUUUAGCUAGGUAAAAUGUAAUGUGUACUCAAGCGUUAUAUCAUCCAUUCUGUAGAGGCGUAAAAGUUGAGCAACAAGGCAGUAAACAGUCCCUCUUGUACUUGCUAAUUGGUGAAUAUGCUUUUCAGAUAUUGAUGAAUGUGCCUUGCCCACUGGAGGACAUAUCUGUGCCUAUCGAUGCAUUAAUGUUCCGGGGAGUUUUCAGUGUACUUGCCCCUCCUCCGGUUACAAAGUGGCCCCCAAUGCACGAAACUGUCAAGGUAUGUUUAAAGCAUAAUGAUGUGCAAGUGUGACAUUCAUAAGAAAGAAGAGCCCCGCUUGUGGUCUAGAGAAAGCAGAAUUCUUUUGUCAUGUUCUGUUACAAAGAAAGUACUUCUGAUCGAAUGCAUUUGACAACACAUUUGACAAGUCAUUCCCAAAGUUCGUUCUCUAAAUGCUUCUUCACCGGCCUCCUGAAUUCAGAAACUUCAUGUCUUCUUCUUAAGGGUAUCUCAAAACUGGCAGGGUUUUUUUGUGUAUGACUAAUGCACAAUGUUGUUAUAACGAUCUCAGCUUGAGAUCUGUCCCUCUUUGGAGGGAGCGGGUGACAGAUGUUAAAUAGCACAACAAAUCUAAGAUGUUUGUAUUAUCCCUGUUGUGUAGGGUUUCCAUAUCCAGACAGAAAAGUUGUUGAGGGGGGAAAAUGCUGUUUUUGAGCUAUUUUUAAGGAAAAGCGGCACCGUUGACAAUAGGCUGCCAUACGUUCAGAUUUCCCCCAACAUUUCCCCGAUUUCCUCCUGGACACUGCUACUGGCUGCAGUAUUCCACAUAUCUCUGGGGAAAUCUGUAUGACGUAGGGCAACCCUACUGUUGUGGAUGAUCACUGCGGAAUAAUCUCAGACUGCUGACCACCCUGCUUGUAUUUCUUUUUCUUUCCCCCUCCACACUCACCUAUAUUUAAACCGGCAACUAAAGAGAGCUUUUCAUGCAUCUAGUCUAUGGAGGUUUAUGCCCCAUCUCUCCGAUAGGCUAGCUUUCUAGGCGGAGGGUUGUCCAAUCUUGUGUGAAGUAGUCCAGCUGAGGCACAGAGCAAACUUCAUCACUGCCAAAUCUAUACCCCCACAAUAAGCAUCCUCUGUCCUCCUCUCCUGCUUUUACAGAUAUUGAUGAGUGUGUUACAGAAACACAUAGUUGCUCAUACAAUGAGACCUGCUUUAAUAUUCAGGGUGGUUUUCGCUGCCUUUCCCUGGAAUGCCCAGAAAAUUAUCGCAAAUCUGGAGAUACGUAAGUACAUUUCUUUCUUUCAUUAGGCAGCCUGUACUAGUCCCCAUCAUCAUCAUCAAAGUGAGGAAAGAAAGAAAAGAAAAAAGGAGAAAAAAUGCAAAUGCAAAUAAAAAUACAAUAAGAAAAAAGAUAUAAUGUAAUACACUGAAUAUAAACAAUUACACUUCCAUACAUAAUUAUAUAGAUACAUAAGUAAUGUUAUUGUCCUUACAUAUAUAUGAUUAUUAAUCAUCUGCUAUAUUCUGCAUAGACUCAUUCCAAAUAUUCAUCCAAACAAAGUCUGCAUCUAUAAGCAAUCUGUUCAUAUGAUAUGAGUGUUGUCUUGUUUUCAGUCCUUUGGAUAAGGGGAUCAUAUCGCUAUUCUUCCAGGCACUUCUACAUGGCAGUUUAUCUGCUCAUACCUGGCUAAUUUUGCACAACACUCACACGGCACAGUCCACAUCAAAAUGAUAUACCAUAUUAUUGGCCAUAGUUAGGGCAUGUAGAAUCCAUUUUCAUUGUCUGAUUGUUACAAUACAAUAAGCAUAUAAUUCAGAAAAAUACACAAGGAGGCUGAAUUCUAUAUGUAUACUGCUUUAAGAAAUAAAUUACAUGUAUCAGAUGCAGCCAAACAGCAAUAUCUGCAGCUACAAUGUCUUGUAAUAGCCUUGUUUAGACCGGUGGCUUUCUCAGCUUCUGAGACACCAGAGAUAUUUGAACAACUGAACAAACUUUUUGAAACUAAAAAACAGUGAUCACUGGAACAGAAAUUUGUUACUAACAAAUAAGUUUGAUAUGAAGAUUUUAAGAAAUGAUUAGAAUAAAGAAUUGGGUUUUCCAAUAUUACCUAGACAAUGUGAAAGUGUUUUAGCUUCUGUAGCAAAGGUAUUGAUGGAUCUUAAAUUACGACUUAUACAACAGUGCUAGUACCAAACCUGACCAACUAAGCCACACAAUGAGCAGCCUCCCUUUAUGUUCCCAUUGAUGAAUGACACUCUGUCGUGGUAGUGAAUUCUGUAGCUUAACAACAUGCUUCUUAAACUGAGAUAAAAUUGCAAUCCUGGGUCAUAGACUGGCAUGAGAAACAAUGGAUAUGAAGAUGACAUAUGUAGUCCAUCUGUUAUGCCCACCGAAGUAAGCUUUUGCCAGUAUAAUAUACUUGUCUGAUUGUAGCUGCCUGCUUCUAAACAUUUAAUUCAAAAGCUGUUUGCUAAGAAAAGGUUAACAAUGAUGGGUAUUGAGAGUAAGCAAGGCAUGGGAGUGAUACACAAACCCUUCAUUUCUUGCCCGCUAGGAAAACCCUGGGACUGGAUAUGUAUAGAAUGCACUCGGGUUUAUUCAAUGAGCUUUGCCAGUUGUGUGGUGCAGUUCACUGAGUGAAGGCGUGCAGCCCCCUGGCUGCAUGGAAGAGACAACAAGUUGAGGUGGAAUGCCCAAUGUCAAGCAAACAACUAGAAAGUUACUGAACAGCACAAAGCCCUGAACCACUGGAUCCAAAGUCCCCAUGGAUCCCCUGAGGGGCCUGAUCCAUGUGCCUGAUCCAUGUGCCUUUCACCUAAGCCAACCUGGAGCCCCCGGCCCCCACCUCCAAAAUAUUUGGGGGACCCAAAGGGCUCUGCUCCCAAGAGCUGGCACCCCUGCUCCAGUAACUUACUCACACACCUCAGUCUGAUUGGCCAAGUCAUGCCAUGGUUGAGGGGAAGAAGGCAUUCAUUUUGAGAUAAGAAAGACACUGAGAGCAGCAGCAGCAGUCAGGGAUGCUGAGAGGCCAAUUACGAAAUGCUGUAGGAAUGCCUGACCAAAGGAGGGCAGCCCUUGAUGUGUGCGUGUGACUGGAGCAGGGGGCAGCAGCACUAAUACUUUUGCUUCCUUCUGCACCACCUAAAAUGUCAGGAGAAGCAUGUGGGGGUUUGGGUGUGUGUGUGUGUGGAAAAUUUGUGGAACUUGCCUGCCAUUUCUGAUUACUAUGGUUGUAGGGAGACAAAUGAGGUAAGUUUAUCUAAAGAUGACUUUGGCACAGUGGUCUAAACCACUGAGCCUCUUGGGCUUCCCGAUCAGAAGGUCAGCAGUUUGAAUCCCCGCUACGGGGUGGGUGAGCUCCCAUUGCUCUGUCCCAGCUCCUGCCAACCUAGCAGUUUGAAAGCAUGUCAAAGUGCAAGUAGAUAAAUAGGUACCACUCCGGCGGGAAGGUAAACGGCGUUUCUGUGCACUCUGGUUUCUGUCACGGUGUUUUGUUGCACCAGAAGCAGUUUAGUCAUGCAAGCCACACAACCUGGAAAGCUGUCUGUGGACAAACGCCGGCUCCCUCGGCCUGAAAGUGAGAUGAGCACUGCAACCCCAGUCGCCUUUGACUGGACUUAACCAUCCAGGGGUCUUUUAUCUUUACCUUACCUUUUAUAGUAUUUUCUGUUCCUCAUAAGACUUCAAGGUACUUAAUACACCAGGCUCUCACUGGUCUGCCAUUAAAACACUGACUCAGCUCACAAACAAUAAACUUCAACAGUGCUAAAUUUGUGCUCUCUCUAAAGAACAAGGAAUUUUGCAUUUUUGGUUAAUUUUUGUUCUUUAUAAAUGACCCAAUAUUUAACAUUUUAAAAAAGAACAUUAAUGCUCUGUGGCUUGGAAUCAAGCCAAGUAUAAUCAUUGAUUGAGGGGGGGGGGGAGGGAGUGUUGUUAUUUUUUUUUUUAACCAACCCCAAAUGGUAAGCUAAAUGAUCAGAAAUGAAACCCAAGAGUAUUUUUUUUUGCACUAACAUUUAUUUUUCAAGUUUCUGUAAUUAACACUACAACACAAGGCUGAUGAGGUUGCAAAGACCUCUUUAGAACUAUUCAUAGCUGUCAACGUUUCCCUUUUUUAAAGGAAAAUUCCCUUAUUCUGAAUAGGAUUCCUCGCAAAAAAAGGGAAAAGUUGACAGCUAUGGAACUGGUACCUCAGGUUACAUACGCUUCAUGUUACAUACGCUUCAGGUUACGGACUUCGCUAACCCAGAAAUAGUAACUUGGGUUAAGAACUUUGCUUCAGGAUGAGAAUAGAAAUCGUGCUCUGGCGGCGUGGCAGCAGCAGGAGGCCCCAUUAGCUAAAGUGGUGCUUCAGGUUAAGAACAGAUUCAGGUUAAGAACGUACCUCCGGAACGAAUUGAGUACUUAACCCGAGGUACCACUGUAGUGUGAUGCAUGAAAUCCUAUCCUGCCUUUUUAGCUCAGCAUUUGUUUCCCCCUCUUGGAAAAGAUCUACAGUGACACCUACAGACAACCCAUGGAAUAGCAGCAUGCUAGGCUAGGAGAAUGUUGUGGGUUUGGACUCCGCUCAGGAGCUUCAGUGUGCUGGGCCCCAGUAUUGAGGUCACAUGUCCCCACGGCACACUUCACCUCUGCCCAUGCAAGCCAGAGGCCAGGUUGGUCUUUCAGAGCUAGCUGCUUAUAGUCAUUAUGGUGCACGACCUAGGCCUGAACUUUGGUCUUUGAAACCAGCAGUAUUUGCCAGAUCUCUUUGUGGCUACAGGAUGGAACCAUUAGCGCACAUUUAAGUAAACCCACAAUGAAGUGUGUGGUGAAUAUAUGGGGUACCAAACAAUAAGAUAAGGAGAUUGAUGAUUUCUAAACAAUUCUAAUUCGCCACAGGCAAAUCUGCUUCCAACAAUAUAUUUCAGAAUCAGCAGAAUUUCAUUCUACAUUUCCCACUAUUUUUGCUUUCCAGCAUUAUUCUAAAUCACAGGAAAAGGACAGCAUGGGGCGUAUUCAGAAAUAUGGUAUGGGGAUUCCCAGAAGCAUCUGCAUUGCAUGGUCCCAUCACCAAAGUCUGGCUACAUGGGCAAAGGAAGAGAGGAGAUUUGUUUAAAAGCAGAAUCAUUUGAGCUAUUUCACAGUUGCAAUGAGGAUUACUACCCAUUUCUCUGGGAGUUAAUCACUAUAUACGGUGGGGGGUGGGGGGUGGGGAGAGGUGGACAGAAGCUGCCCCAUAAGCUAUACAUUUUAUAGUUGUGUUUUUAAAAAUUGUAUCAUGUUCUCGCAAUGCUGUCAAGGCAGUUUUAUUUCCCCAAAAAUAUUGCCCAAUCUUAGGCCUCCAUAAGCAGUCCACCAUUUGACCUGGAAGAAAGCCCUCUCUUUCAUUCUGUGGCCUGAUUCUCAUUGGAGUGGCAAACAGGAUUUGUGGCCAUACAACUUCAGAAUGCACGACUGAAUGUUCCAGUAUGCAGAAAAAAAGAGAAAUUCCUUCACAUACAAAUCUAGCAUGUGAGGGGGGAUGAUAGAUAGCCUAUAACACUAAGCUUUGGUGUCUAGCUUUAUACGCAGAUUGAUUUGUUAUUCUUUUAUUGGGAAGCUGAGAUUCAAGUAUGUCUGACAUGCUACAGCCCAGACCGAGAUUGAUUCCCGCAAGUAGAAUUAAGUGCGUAGGGCUAGUCAGCAGCUGCUCUGUGGUGAGGAAAAGACAUCAAACAGUCUUCCAGAUAAUUCACUAUGUAAUAUAAUAUUUGUAUCUGUUUCCUGAAAGUGAGAGUGUGGCUGCAGAUGUGGGGAGACCUGCACCUAUUUUAUUUAUAUAGAGAGAGAUCCGUGCUUCAUCCUUGGGGGGCAUGGGCAUAGCCGGGGGGGGGGGCAGGAAGGGGCAGCUGCCCCCCCAAAUCAGUAAGAAUCAAUAUAGCUAACUGAAGUUCUGCCCCCCUAACAAAAGGUCUGCUCCCCCCAACAAAAGGCCUGCCCCCCCUAACAAAAAUCCUGGCUACGCCCAUGCUUGGGGGGUUUCCCGGAUUGAAGGCUCUUUUGCUUUUCUCCAAAUACCUGAUAAGACAUACUCUCAAUUUACCUGUGGAAUGAAGGAAAGGGGGCUGCAGUCAAGGAAAAUGGAACACCCCGCUUCAGAACACAUUGAGAGGGAAGGGGUUCAGCAUAGCCCAAUGAGGGAUUUCAUAGUUGGCCUGGAGCCAGUGGAAUUUGGCUCGCUCUGCCCUGCUUAUUAGGCCAUGCCAGCUCUGUUGCGUAAAGCUCUGCCACUGAGCUACGAUUCCUCCUUCGUUUCAUGGGCCAGUAGGUUACAAGUCAAGAUACGCUUGGCUUCUCUGCUUUCCUUUCCUUUCCUCCUCACGGAAUGGUUGCUAAUCCUCCUCCCUUGUCUUUUCACUUUUCUUGCAGUCGUUGCGACCGCUUGCCUUGUCACGAAAAUAUGGAAUGCCAGAGCCUGCCCUUGAGAAUAACUUCUUAUCACCUCUCUUUUCCUACCAACAUUCAAGUUCCCAUUGAUAUUUUCCGCAUGGGCCCCACCAGUGCUGUCCCGGGGGAUAAAAUUCAGCUCUCCAUCAUCAGCGGGAAUGAGGAGGGCUUUUUCACCACCAAAAAAGUCAGCAGCCACAGCCACGUAGUGUCCAUGCAGCAGCCGAUCACAGAGCCCAGAGAUCUUCUUCUGACGAUUCAGAUGCAACUCUUCCGCCAUGGAACUGUCUCCACCUUCAUAGCCAAGCUGUUUGUCUUUGUCUCUGCACAGCUUUGAUUCCUUGCAUGCUGGCACCCAUUGCAGUUUCUCCUCCGCUCCCUUUCUCUCUUUUUUGACACUGGUUCCCUUCUUACCAUUUAAAAAAAAAUAAAGUUUAAGUGGUAAAUCACUUCCUGCAUGCUGUGCAUUUGCAUUUUAUUUGUCACCACUCAUUUUGCCUUAGCAUUUUUAACAUUCCAGUUUUCCUGUUUGCUUCUCAUUUUGAUGAGCUCUGCCUAUAAGUCAGCUUUUGCUGAUAGAUGCUGAAGACAGGGAUAGGCAACAAGCAGUUGGGCUGGUGUCAGGGGUGGGGGGCUCAGAUCCUGCGUGCCCAACUCCCUGCAUUCCCCUUUUAGUGGGGCACUUCAGCUGCUUUCUGCUGUAACAGCCAAGCCACAAGCAAAGGGCUAUUUCAUUCUCCACCAGCAGAAUGAGUGCCCAUUUAUGCCAGGGGGCUGGGGCAGGGUGUGUGGGUGGGUGAACGGAGUCCGCCACGCCGGGUGAGGCAAAGCGAGGGUGAGACUGGGACUUGCAUCCUUCUCACGCUGCCCUGCCAGCCCUGCACCGCUUUGGGAGGCUGGGAUCGCAGUCAUUCGGAUCAGAUUCCAGCCUUGCAAAGCGCUGCAGGGCUGGCAGGAUGGCAAGAGGAGCCAAAUGCGCAGUGCCCCCUUAAAAAAGUGCCUGGGUCCAUUGCCCUGGCAGCCCCCCCCUUUGCCCCUGUUCUCCAUGCCCCCAUGGAAAAAGCAACCAUUCUCUCUUGUAUUUAACCACUUCAGCACCAACGAAGACAUAGGCAAAGAGCUCUUAGCCACACUGUUCCUCAGCCAGUUUCCCAAGACACAGGCAAAGGAGAAUGAGUAGCUAAGGCAUGGGGCUUGCGUGCUCUCUUCCUCUCUCUCUCUGUGUAAACUUUACCAGUGUCUCAUCCUGGGUGGGAGGAUGUCAGUUGGCAAAUCCAGCAUUGCUGACCUUUCAGUCUUUACUAAGCUGAAAAUGAGUUGUUGACUUUGACUGUAAGUCAGGACUGGAGAAGUUCAGAAGUGUGUGUCAUUUCUAGAUUGAGUAGACUUGUUAAGCGCACCCCAUAAAUAACAAUUAGGGACCAAUUCCACAGAAAGAAUCAGGUGUGGGAACUAUAGUUAAAAUGCCGUAGGGCAAUCCAGAGUUCAUCAUGGCACAUGCAGGAGUGUUAAAGGCUUCCAUGGACUUUUGUCCUGCAUGAAGUAACUGGGCUUUCUCUGCUGCCCCAGUUACACUCUUGGGGGCAGCCGAUGAGCCUGAUCUUGACAGAGACUAUUAGGGUGCUGGGUGAAAUCUCCCAAAGUAGUCAAAAUCUGUUCCUGAAUUAUUUUAAGUCCCCUUUAAAUCCUAUGGCUGACAUUGCCUAAGGUGAAAUGCUAAAAUCUGAUUGGAAUCCACCUUCAAACAGAACAUAUCGUUUCCUAUUUAUAAUUACCACAACAUAAGGAAAAAAACUAUGCAGAAGCUUUGAUGGAAUCAAAGUGAUUCAUGCAGGGCACAGGUGUGACGGAAAACUUUCCUGAAUAUUCUGCACAUUUCUUAAGAAGAGAACUUUUUUGCCAAGGAUAACGCACCCAGCUUUUAUCAUUUAUGCAUAAUAUCUAACUUACUGGCAAUUCUUGGACCUUUUGCACACCUGGCUGUGCCCCAUCAAAUGUAACCGUUCAUCUAGCAAGUGCUUCAAAGCAUGUCCAAUGGGUUGGCACUGUUCGAUUUAUGUCUGCACACAUCCAAAUCCACUAAUGUUUUAGGACUUGUUGUACAUCCUUAAAGGGGGAUGUUUUCAAUAUUUCCACAGGCUAGAUCCUACAAAGUUAUGUGCACUAUAGUCAGGAUAUCCCAUGUGCCAAAGAAAUCAAAGCUAUAUAGUGGGAGAGGACAUCAUGCAGUUCGAUGACAUAUACUCUUUGAAUGAUGUUAACUGGACUGCAGUUUUUGAGUUUUCACCAUACUGCCCUGAAAACCUUUCAGUUAUAAAUGCUAUUGUUAAACAAUUCCCAUUAACUUCAGUACAUUCUGUAUGUAUCUCCAGGCUGCAUUGACAGAGCCAUGUAGAUGUCUCAGCUAAAUUCAAACACUUCUGUUAUUUGGGCCAAAUCAGGACCGUACAUUAAACUGGACAUCUUCAGUGUGGACCAAGAGGACUACUUUGGCCAAAGUUCGGAAGAAAAGUUCUAUCAAAGUGUCCUGAAAAGUAUUGAAAAGCAUAAGAGAAUGAAGUUGGAUGUACAUCUCUGUGAAGUGCACCCACAAUUCAGAGGAGAGCAGACUAUACUAUAUGCACUCAGUUGCUUGUGUCUGCAGAAAUGACCACUUUGCAAAUGCUACAUAAUGUUUAUUCUCCACUUACGGUAAUCCUUCAGUGUGGCAGCACCUGCACUGUGAAACUCUCUGCUAAUUGAUGUUAAGCAGGUGCCUUCACUUAAUCCCCGCCCCCAGCACCUGGCAGAAUUUUUGUUUUGUUUAGGCAAGUCUACCCAGACAUGCAAAUUUGGCAUGUAUUUUAAUGUGUAAUUUUAUUUCAUAAUUUUAUUUUUUACUUCUAUAUUUUGAAAUAUUUUAGGUCAGCUUGUUUUCAACAUAUGAGUUGACUGAUAAUUUUUAAGUAUAUUUUAUGUAAACUGCUUAGAGGUUUUGAUGAUUAAGUAGCAUAUAAAUCCUGUUAAAUAAAUAUUACAUAUCUAUGUGCAUCACAGAGACUCUGCCCUCUGAUCCCGUGAGCAGCCAGAAACAUGCCAGGGAGGUAAACUGCUGCCUCAGCCCCAGCCUGGCUGCUUCUGUUUCUCUUCUGUUCCAGCUCCCACCUUGCUGGCAACGGUCCAGAGAGCGGCUGCGAAUCAUAGACAGGAUUACAAGCCAAAGAGUUUGGGUGGAAGAAAAAAGAGGGGGGCUUGCCUGGCCUCGUUCUUGUGUUGCUUCUGCUUCACUGUUGCUGCCUGCUGCCCUUUGCUUCCCACCAUAUUUAUGUGAUUUCAUGGGAUGCAUAUGUUGUAUGAUGCCAGAUAAUCCUCAGGCACAUGGCACCACAUCUCACAAACUCUCAAUAUUCUCUCCCUCCUUCCCUUCCCCCCUCUCUCUCACACACCCUAAAUAAUUCCUCUCUGCCUACUUUUUUAGUUGUAUGCAUAAACAUUUUUAGCCAUUGCAACAGAUGCAUCUACAAACAUGUCUAGCAUACUUGUCAGGCAGCCAGAGCUGGCCAAAGCUCAUUGGUGACUGCACAGUCCUUUGCAAAUACAGGCCCUUUAGCUCCAAGGACAAUGUGCAUCCAUGGAUAUGUGGUUACAGGUUCAUUGCACGGUCAACUGUACACGAUGCCUCAGCAAGCCAGUAGCAAAAACUAAAGCUUAGAUUGGCUUCUAAAUCUUUAAACAAAGCCUUAUUUGAGCUACAAAAUGAGGAACGCAAGACUUUGGCCCAUUGCCUUGCAAAAUUCUGCUGCAUUCUAGUAUAUUACUGAGUGCAUAUAUUAAUCUAGUUGCCUUUAAAAACAUACUGCAGUCCAGAUUAAAUCAUAUUAGAUGGAUAAUUCUAUGUUGCAUCUAACUGGAACAUUUAAAUAGACAUAAUUAUAUAGCACCAUUGGGGGGUCUGUCUGGAUGAGAAUGAAAACAUGAUUCCUUGCUUGAUUUAACAAAUUAAAUGGAAAAGAUACCCCCCCCCAAAGUAGCAAGCAGAAGUUUAGAACAGGAAAGAAAAAUAUUGGAAUGUGCCAUGUUCCAAAAUAGAAAAUAUUAAAAUCAAGAUUGGACCAUGCCUUUAGAGGAAGAAGGACAAGGUCCAUUUGUACAUUGCUGGAGUAGAAGAGGAAGCCUAUCUGCAUAACUGGAUCUCCUCUGUAAGGAGGUGCCAAGCGGCUGAGGUGUGUGAAGUGGUUCCUUAUUAUUUUAAUUGUAAUUUUGCAGUUUGUUUUAAAAUGCUUUCAUGCCACAUUCCACUUGGGGAAGGCAGCUUAGAAGUCUCUUAAGCAAUCCUCACGGGGAGAACUUUCUUUCCUCUAAAAAUAGCAGGUAAUCCAAAGAAGCUGAAUAUAUAGGGAAAAUCAAGGCAAACAAAGGGAGCCUCCCCCCACCCCCCACCCCAGUGCAUGGACUGGAAGGUGCUGCCACUGAUUUAAAAGGGAGGGAGACAGAACCAUGGAGGAAAAGCCUAUCCAUGGCUGCUUGCCUUGAGGGCUGCGCUGGGGGCAGGGGGCUUCCAAAUGGUGUGGAACAUGUGAAGACAUUAAUGUACAGUGGUACCUCUAGUUAUGAACUUAAUUUGUUCUGGAGGUCGGUCCUUAACCUGAAACUGUUCUUAACGAGAGGUGUGCUUUUGCUAAUGGGGCCUCUUGCUGCUGCUGCGCCACUGGCACAUGAUUUCCGUUCUCAUCCUGGGGCAAAGUUCUCACCUUGAGGUAACUCUUCCAGAUUAGCGGAGUUUGUAACGUGAAGUGUUUGUAACCUGAGGCGUUUGUAACUCGAGGUACCACUGUAUUGCAAAUGGGCUUUGCACAGGCAUCUGUCUUGGCCACUGUGAGACCAGGAUGCUGGACUAAAGGGGCCUGAUCCAGCAGCCAGGCUCUUACGUUCUUACGUGUUUACACCAGGCCUGGCCAGCACAGAGGUUGAAGAUUGCCUGCUAUACAGGGGCUGAUGUGGCAUAUCCUUUUCCCUUUCUGGUCCAAAAGGAAGGGCUAAGUUAGCAGCCUCAUACGCUACACCAUUUCACUAGGUUGGGCUCUGGCUUCUCCACACGAGGCCCCCUCAACCCUUGCUUCUUCCACUUACUGCAUACCCUCCAACACUCCCCAGAUGAAAAUAGGGACAUUUCUCCCUCCCUCCCACUGACCCCCCCACCCCCCCAUUGUUUGUGCCCCCCUGCAGAGCAUUUCCACCACCACUACGGCAACGGUUUUAUUUUAUUCUUUGGUAAAUUUACAAAAAAGAAAAACACACACUAAUAAAUACAUUUUAGAAAGGGGCAAAAUUAGGUGCAGAUGCACAAAGCAUUUUUUAAAGCAAGGAUCCUUGUGCUCAGCUCCCCCUUACUCCCUGCCCUCUGCCUGCCCCUCAGAGCUGGCCUUGGAGCAGCAGCUUCUCCCGUCCUCCUCUCCCGCUUUCCAGCAGUCACUUUGAGAUGCCCAAGGGAGAGGAAAUAGCCACCUCCUGGGAUUAAAUCAGAAGCCAGGAUGGCUUUUGUAAUUCCAGAACACUUGGAGCGUAUGGUACGGCCACCUUCUAUUUGUUUCUUGCAAACCCAGUUCAAGCUAUACUGGAUUUGUUUAUUUUUGGCUGCCAACUGGAUUUGGAUUGUUCGGAUUGAGCAAGUGUUGAGCAGUUGACUGCAAAACUUGUUCAAUAUAGCAUAAAACCUUUGGGGGGUUGGGAGUGGAUGUGCCUUGAAUCCAGUUAAAAAAUUGUUAAUGAGAAUCCACCCUAAGUAGUUUUUUGGACAAAUUGGCUUUAGGUUAUGGAUGAAUAAUGCUGGCAACAUUUUUAAAAAGAUCUGUUCUGAUGGUGCUGGUGUGGGAAUGGAAAUUUAAAUGAAAUGGUUGCAUAUUAGUCAUGCAGCCAAUCCAUUCUUCUUGGCUCCCUGCUAACACCUGCUCAGUUGUAAUAUUCUUAUGCUACCCACAACAUUACCUGGAAAGAGUUCAACUUGUACACAAAGGAGUUAGAUAAAAUCUGCAACUAAAACCCCAUAGCAACCUCAGAAGCCCCCCCCCCUUCCCGGUAAAAGCACAAUUUCAUUUCACAUCUUCAGCUUGGUUCCAACUCCAACCUUUCCCCCAAACUUUAGUUAUGGAUCCUUUGAAGAAAUGAUUGCUUCCUGCUGGUAUUCAGCCAUGACCAUUUUUUUCAGCUUCAAUAAAUAACAAGAUGCUAUCUUACUCUCAUCUUGCCACUGGUCCAAGGAUGACUGUUGCCAAGUCCAAAACACUGAAACCAUUCUGAGCAGAAAAUGUAGGAAAAUUGUUUCAGUCAAUUUUUGUUUUUGUUCCAUAAUUAGACAGUUCUAUACAUAGCUUUAUUCUAUUUCUAUUUUAUAGUUCACCUUCUCGCAAGGGAUCAGGGAGUUAUGAUAGCAUAAAGUGUCAAAAGAGUUCCCAGUCCACAAACUCAUUACUUGAACAUAGCAAAGCCGAUCACCUCUACCUUGGUCUUCACCAAACUGCAGAUCUUCAUAAACCGUCCAGUCCUACUGGUGGAAGUUGCCAACUUCAGAUUUCAAAAAUUCUGCUACGCAGGCAGGACAAGGGGGGGUGGGGCAUAUCAGGUCAAAGCCUGGAUUCUGGGGCAGGGUCAAGAAGCUGUCAAGGUGGUCAUUGGACUUGACUGUCCAGGGCAAUUUCUUUAAACAAUUUUUGUGACUUGUAGCUUUUCUGACCCAGUGGUAGUUGGAUCUACCCAAGUUGCCUUUAGAAUUAGUCCAGUGUAAGAUGGAUGUCAUAGAUCAGACCCCAGAGGCUAGGAAAAAUAUACAUACGCAUAGUGUUUCACAGUGAGAUCAGGAUCUAAAAUAAGAAUUUCCAUCUUUACUGCACCUUGCUUGUUUGAUCCUUGCAAUGUGACACAACUGAAUUAAUGUUCCAUAUUUGUCUUUCCCUUCUCUCCCUCAGAGUAAGACAUGAGAAGACAGACACUGUUCGCUGCAUUAAGUCCUGCCGACCGAAUGACGUCAACUGCAUGUUAGAUCCAGUUCACACCAUUUCCCACACGGUCAUUUCAUUGCCCACAUUCAGGGAUUUCACGAGGCCUGAAGGUAAACGCUUCCCCUCACUCUGUAGAAGCAGCCUAUGAGAUAAACAUCCCAGAAGCUCCACCUACAGAAAGAAUUGCUAAGAGCCGAAUGCAUAGCAAGGCUGAGAAGCUCUUGUCAUCUGGGCAGCCCAGGACCUCCAGACCCAUUGCUAGGUCCCCCCCCCCCCAUGUCCAUGCUGCUGGAACGUAGCACAGCAGUCAUAUAGCAGGGGACCUAUGCCUAAAUUGCUUCCUUUUAUAGUUUUAUUAUAUUUCAGGUAUUAAUAUACUGUACUCCUUUUCAGGCCGACUUCAAAAAGCGAUUUACAUAAUAUUAUUACAAUAAGUAUCAAUGAAAUGGAAAAAAUGUUGUUGUAGUUGUUCAAAAAAUGAAGUUGUUGUUUUACAAAAAACACAAUAAAAUUGAAAAGACAAUGAAGAGGCUGUAAUGGCUUUUUCUCUCCUCCCCUCAGGGCAAGAUGAUUCUGCAGAGUUGCAGAUGAUGGGAGGGAGGGAAUUAAUUAACACACCUGUGUAGGUUCUAGGCCAGGGGUAGGCAACCUAAGGCCCGGGGGCCGGAUGUGGCCCAAUCACCUUCUCAAUCCAGCCUACGGACGGUCCAGGAAUCAGCGUGUUUUUACAGGAGUAGAAUGUGUCCUUUUAUUUAAAAUGCAUCUCUGGGUUAUUUGCGGCACAUAGGAAUUCGUUCAUCCCCCCACCCCCAAAUAUAGUCCGGCCCCCCCACAAGGUCUGAGGGACGGUGGAGCGACCCACGGCUGAAAAAGGUUGCUGAGCCCUGUUCUAGGCUGCAGGAUGAGGGUCUGUCAUUCUAGGUUCUUAGUACUCCUCUUGCAGUAUUAAGUCACUGGCCAAUGCAGCUCCUGCCCUUCCACCCCAGCAAGACUUUUCUGUAAGUCUCAUGAAGGAUAAGACAACCUGAAGUAUAAUCUUGCUUUCUUAUUUCUCUGCUUUAACUUUUCUGAUUUGCAAUUGCUGAAUAGGUUGCACUGCACUGAUUUAAACAUUUUAUUGUUGCCAUUUUUAGCUUACUUCCGAUAUCUUUCCCCUCAGAGAUUAUUUUCCUUCGUGCCAUCACGCCAGCAUACCCAGGCAACCAGGCAGACAUCAUAUUUGACAUCACCGAAGGAAAUCUACGGGAUUCCUUUGACAUCAUCAAGCGCUACAUGGAUGGCAUCACUGUGGGUGAGGAAAAAGUUCUCCUAUUAUUAUUGAACUCAAGGGAAUAAUCAAUAAACAUUGGCUUAUUGCAUCCUUUAUUAAUUUUUAUUUAUUUAUACAUUAUAUACACCUAGCCUUUAGGGUUACAAAUCCUACAAGGCAUCUUACAAGCAAAUUAAAGAUAUAAAAAUGAAAUCACAAUAUCAAAUCAAAUGAUACUUUUUGCCUCCCCUGUUUGAAAAACGAUAUUUUUCUGUUCAGUGCCACCAAGUGAAUGUAUAGAGUACACAGGCAAAGCUGAAGAAGCUCAAGCAUGUGUGUCUCUUUCCUAAAUUGUCGUAAUAUUGUUAGUGAACAAAAACAACACAAGAAGCUGCAUGUUGAUCUGCAAUUAUCUAGAGAAGGAAAACCUGUGGCUGUCUAGAUGUUGCCGCGAUAAACCUCCAAUCACUUCUGUUCAUUGGUCAUCCAGCCUGAGGAUGAUGGUGGGGUUAGCUAUUGAGAAGCAAUUGUAUUUUAAUUUGUAUUUUUAUGCUGUAUAUAUAUAUAUAUAUAUAUGUGUGUGUGUGUGUGUGUGUGUGUGUGUGUAUUCUUAAUUAAUUGUGUAUACCACACUUCAGCCAUAGAUCUCAGGGCGGUCCACAGCAUAAAAAUACAAGAUAAAAACACAAAACACACAAUAAAGACAAGAACGAGAAUGAAACAGUAACCCUCCCUAAGAGGCUUCAGUGUAAGUGAUGCACAUAUCUGCUGAAUGUGACUAUUCCUACUAGCGUUGUCGCUGCUACUGCUGGUGGUAUCUGGGCAGACCAGGCUGCUAUUUUGUGCACAUUGCAAGAGUUGGACUAGUUAUCUUGGUGAUGGUCACAUAACAAGAGUCCUUCUGUAUUUUUGCUUUGAACUUAUAUGGAUAGUAGUUUCUUAAAUAAAUAUUGCUAGAAGCUGCACUGGGGUGAAAUAGCUGCCACACACAACAUAGAGAGGCACCUUUUGUAGCUCAGCCUGAAGGUGGCGCUGUUGGCUUUCCUGUCUUGUAGCAACCCAAAUCCUUGUAGCAUAAAUCUAGGUUUAUUUCAUAAUUUAUCGAGCAGAAAUGUGAGGCUGCAUGCCAAGAGGCAACAUGUUAAUGCAGGCUUAUAAGCUCCCACGUCUUAAACAGAGUUUGUUGAUGAAAACGACAGUUAAAUAACUGGAGGGUUGUUUUGUGUUUAUGAUGAAGAUUAUGUAAAAAUGGUGGACGGGGUUCUUUGCUUUCCUUGUUUAUAUGCAUUGUGGUCAAUGGAAGGACUUGAGGGGGCUCCCGGAAAAGAAGGUAUUUCUCUCUGUGACCUGAACGUUGUCUCUCCUCGCAGCGUCUCUGUCAGGCUUCCCUCUCUUCAGCAAGAGCACCCACGAGGCCAGGGCCUUAGCUUUCCCCACAGAAGUGAAUGGCAACCAUUCGCUGAAACAGGAUAAAAAGGGCUCCACUCAGGAUGCCAGUCCCUACGCUUUGCCAUCCCACACCUUUGAAGACCAGGCCUGCUGUUAUCUGCGUGGCUUUGCAGAGCAGCCGGUGGCCCUCCAGGCUCAGGAACUGGAGCCCAACAUCUGGAGGGGCACCAGGUUGGGCAACACUGGGCUACGGCUUGAAACUUUUAGAUACUGUUUAAAAAUUGCCCCACGUUUCUGUCCAAAAUUUGACAUCCACAGUAGCUGAUAACAAAUGGAAUAAAGCAGACAGACAAACUAUAGUAAGGAUCGAAGGACCAAGUUCUCCAAAACUCCCCUGAGCUGCCGGCCAGGAAAAGAAGCAAAGAUGUCAGUAGCUGUCCUCCUUCCCUGGGAGGUACAAUGGAGGUGCAGCUAGAGACUGAAAAAGCACUUUCACGCAUGGCUGUCUGGCAAAUUUCAGUCAGCAGCAGGAGAAGAUGAUCAGAUCUCUGAUGCUAAGGGCAAGGGAAGCACAUGGCAUGGGGAGAGGCAGUAGUUCUUUUUAUCUGCAUUAACCACUGUAAAUGGCACCCAAGGCACCUGCACAAGUUGAAAUUAAACAGCUCCUUCAGGUGACCUGUUUACUGAGCCUUUAUCCUGAUUUUAUGCAGCAGUUAUACAAUGCCUGCUCUUUAUUGAACAUCCAUUCCAAUUGAUUUGUUGGGAGAUUAUACAUUUUCCCAUCAACCAAUCAUUUCCCCACAAUACAUUUUAAUGCAUUUCCUCCUCACUUUCCUAACUGUGAAAGGUGGUGGUGUACCCUCCCCCAGGGGAUUGCUGCACCCUCCCCCAGUACCCUCCCCCAGUGGAUUGCUGCACCCUCCCCCAGUACCCUCCCCCAGUGGAUUGCUGCUUUAAUCCACUUUAAUUGCACAAACUGAUAUUGUCCAGAAUGCAACUGAAUCCUUCCUGAAAACCAGUAAAGUGGUACCUCGGGUUAAGUACUUAAUUCGUUCUGGAGGUCUGUACUUAACCUGAAACUGUUCUUAACCUGAAGCACCACUUUAGCUAAUGGGGCCUCCUGCUGCCGUCGCAGCACGAUUUCUGUUCCCAUCCUGAAGCAAAGUUCUUAACCUGAAGCACUAUUUCUGGGUUAGCGGAGUCUGUAACCUGAAGCGUAUGUAACCCGAGGUACCACUAUAACAACCUCCAGGGGAACCUUGUACUUAAGAGUUACUAAAAGCCAACAAUAAAAAGCAGCAGCCCGUUGAGUGAAAAAUGCCCCGCAAGCCAGAUCAGUCCAUAGGAAACAUCCUUAGAACACAAAUGUCUUCGCCUGAUGGCAAAAUACUGUUCAAGGGCGGCUGCAGGGGAGCAGGAGAGAUUGGUUUCCUUGGGGAGUGCAUUCCACGAUGCGGAUGCCACUUUGAAGAAUGGCCACUCUGUGCCCUCCUCACUGAGCUCCCCGAGUUGAAAGAGGGGAAACAAAGAGGAGCUUUGUAAGCACAGAUGACUAUCAUACCAUUGGUUUACAAUAUAUACCGAUAUGUAAACAGACAUUUCAGGUUCUGUCUCAUUGCUUUCUGCUGUAUGAGGAUCACUCUUUGGUAUUUUUGCUUAAAUGGCUCAAUCUCUUCGCCUGACAAGCUCCCCUUCCAGCUGGGGUUGCCAGGUCUCCCAAGCUCUGAUGGUUAAAGUUCUGGAGCCUAACUAGGGAAGAAGGGGUGCAACACAGCAAAUGGCCAAAGAUAUUGUCUUUGGGAUCAGUGGGCAAAACCCCACCACAUUUGGGGGCUCAGGGCAGAGCCUGAUGGAAAUGGGGUAGUAGAUAGGGAACACCUAUACAAGUAUGGUUGGCAAAAUUAUCUGUCUGGGUCUCCCCCCCCCCCCCCCAUAUUCUAAGCUUUGGCACACAAAACAGUUUCUGGGGCUAAGCCCUGGUGAAUUUUGGCUGUGAUUUAUCUGUGCCCUCAAAAUUUAGCUCACUUUAGCCUAGGCUGGUGAUGUUCACAAUAUACAUGCUGUACCAGGCUGGGAAAGAACUAGACAUGCAGGAUUCUCCCGCUGAUUUCUAAGCUUGGGUUCCGAGACUUGGCUGGCCCCUUUGCAAAGAGCCCCAAAGUUUAGCAGUUCAUUCUGCAAGAUAUUCCUUGUAGCCUUAAAUCACGGCUGAACUAGGGGAAAGGGUAAACAGGAGUAAAGCCUCAGCUUGUUCUCCUUAAGCCUUUUUACAGACUUUCUGCUACAUACCUUUUUGUUUUGUUUAGUUCCGCCCCCCCUCGUACCUUUUAACCAGCUGUCAAUGAAGAAUUCGUUUUCAGCUUGUGCAAAAAGGUCCUAUUAAAGCCUGGGGUGUUAGAGAGCACUAUGCAGCUUUUCCCCUCUGCUCUGUGUUGGGGUUCUGUAAUACCACCUGUGUUCAGGCAGGGCAUUUUCAACUGCAGGAUGUUUUCUCUCCUUUUCCUCCCCCCCCCCCCCCCGGCCCCAACCAGGCACUUACACACUUACGUUUGGUUAAUGGAAAAUGAAACUUUUGCCCUUAAACAUUGCUGUUAGUAGGAAACUUUUCUGAAACCAACACCGUCAGGAUAUUAUGAUGGGGCUCACAUUCAAAGAAUGGCCCUAUAGCAGGCAUAUGGCUGGGUAAUCACAGGCUUUCAAUCUACUUUCUGUCUCACGGCAUUUAAUUUCUAGAAAAAGGAGACGUCAGGUGUGUUUUGGAACCCCUUUUCCCCAGUGUUGCCGCAGCAAUCAAACCCCAGGGCUCUUCCCUGCUUCCUCUGAUCCUGCCUCUUUUCACUGGGAAAACCUGCUCUUUACCACUGAAUUGGGUCGACGCUUGCUCCGAUUCAGCGGUCAAUUGUGGCUAUUCCCAGGGAAAAGAGGUGGGGCAAAAAGGAAAACCACUCUGACCCAUGCCUAGAAAGCAGGGGACAUAGUGGUAAACCUCUCAAACUUGUGCUUUUUAGUGUAGACAAACAAAUCCAAAAUCGUAUUAGGAGAGCAUUUAUCGAAAGCAAGAGGAGACAGUGGCGAGUCAAUGGUCCUCUGCAUCCACAGCCAUCUGGUUUUGUGCCUUACUCUUCCAGGGCUCAGUUUAGGCACUAAAAACAGAUACUGGAACUGUGCCCUGAUGUGCUCUGGCAUAAAUUAGGCCCUGCGAUUAGCCUUAUGAAAGCAUAGCAAAAUAAUUAUUCCUCUCUUCAUCUGCAUAGCCAGAACUGUGCGUAGGUAUUAAUUCUGCAGAGAAGGCACAGAAUAGAGAGUGGGAUGCUGAACUGAAGCUGAGUCAAAGGGCUUCUUCACACUUAGCAGGCAGAGGCGGCCUGUGCUUUAAUGCUUGCUUUGUGUCCAAGGGCUUUCCCCCCUUGCCCUCAGCUUUCCUCACAAUGCACCACUUUUUACCACCGAAUUGGAGCAAAUGUCAGUUGAGGAUUUCCACGGAUUCCCGUUUGCUCUGAUUCAGCUUUAAAGACUGGAAAACUCUGGAGCAAAAAAGGGGUGCUUGGAAGGGGAGCUUUAACUAGCAGAGCAGGCCUGGAAAGAGCAGAGCAAAGCUAAGUGUGACUAAGACCAAACUGGGGGCAAGAUGAUGUAGAAGCCCCCUUUCCUAGUCUUAUUCUUGGAAUUUGGUCAGGAAUUAGAAUGCACAGCAGCUGAAAAGGAUUCGUUCUUCAGAAAUUCUGCUUAAAAUUGCAGCUCUCAUCUCUAGGUAAUGAUGGAUGGAUUGUGCAAUGGCUUCCGGGCCCAAUCCUCUGAAUUAGCCCUUUAUUUUCCCUGGUAAAUUGAAUCACGCAGACGUGGCCUGGUGUGUGGCAUGGUGCGGCUUAUAGUCAAGAAAUGGUCAAGGAGUGGCACUUGCCACAGCCUUGGUGACAUGACUAUGCUAUUCAGUUAUGAACAGGAUCCUGCUCUCUCCCCACCUCCACUCCCUCUCUUUGUGUCUCCCCUGAAACUAGAAUUUGGGGCUACCCAGCUAUAUUGAUUGGCAGUGGAAUUAGGUAAAAAUAAGCACUUCUUUACACAACGCAUGAUUAGUUUGGAUGGUCCACAGUUGUAAGAUGUGGCAGUGGUGAUGAGGUUCUUUAAAAAGGAUAGGUCUAUCAAUGGAUAUUAGCUAUGACAGAUGAAACCUCCAUGUUCAGAGGUAGUAGAGCUGAAUACACUGUCAAAAAGGUGUGGGUGUUGCCUUUAUGCCUUUCCUGUAAACUUCUGAAAUAGUCAACCUGACCACCGUUCGAAAAACAACACUGGACUAGAUGGGCCUUGGGCCAAUCCAGCAGUUUUUAUGUUCCCAUGUACUUACCAAAGCUGAAAUGACGCUAAAUAAUGUGCAGCAAGGGUGUGUCCCCAUAAUUAUUUGCAAAUUUGCAAAUUUGUUUGUCUUUAAGGUGCCACAAGAUUCUUUGCAUACGUGCAGUGUGGUUUGAACUCUCCAAAUUCCAUAUUCAGCGUAAGGCGAAUGUUCCAUCAGCACAAGGAUUUUUCUUGUGCUGUGUAAUUUUCUCCCUCUCUCCUCUCCCCACGUGCCCCCUUAAUCUGUUCUUGGGGUUCCCCCCACCCUCCAGAGCAGAUUUAGAGAUGGCGGGGGGGGGCAGGAGGAGGGGAAGUCCUGUUGCACUAUUGGGAAUCCUUGCACUGGCUUCCACUAGCGGUAUGGUUCAGUUGAAUAUGGCCCAACACAUUUUUAUUAAGUAUGUCCCAAUUAGUGCAACCAAACUAACCAAAGCAAAAUAUUUCAUGGUAUGGUGAAGAAAAUUAGUAAAUCCAGAAAGUUGAGUGAGACAUGAAUACAAACACAAAUGUUGCAUUAAGAGCGUUGUCCCAUCUAAUUGACAUGGACUGUGUGUGCUAAGAUGUCAGAGUCCACUUUUGGCACAAGAAGGAAACAGGGGUCUGCAAGAUCAACUGAUGCAAUUGGCAGGUAACAUUUAGCCUUUUGGUUGGCCAGUCUUUCCAGAAUAGGUCCCUGGCUCCUGCUUUUGUAUAGUUCAAGUGAUCUGCUUGCUUCACUUCAGAUCUAGUGGCCUCGGGGAUCCUGUGCUGGAUUCCAGGUCUAGAUUCUGGGACGGUGCUCCGCAGCUCCGCGUAUUGCCAGCUCAGGAGUAUUUGCGAGGAAUGAGUUAAACAACAGAAUGGCUCUUUUAAGUUUAAGAUGCAAGGUUAUUAGCAAACUGGCUAAGUGAUACAAAAUACAAGCAGAAACCAGACAUGAAGGUGAACUGCCUGAGGGGCUGACAUAUUUUGAAGGCGGGCAAGAGGGAGGGAAAUGUAAUUAUAUCUUACAGCGACAUAAAUGAGCCAAAAGAAUACCUUCAGCAUCUGUCUGCAGUACCAGAAAUCCCGAUGAGGAGAAGCGUGAGAAGACAAACAAUGCUAAGUUUAAAACCAGCACCCUCCUGGCACUUGCAACGAGUAAUGUUAGAUAAUCUCUAUAUUUUCCCCAUUCUUUUUGGAAUUUUUGUUUAGAUCAUCCCCUAAUUGUAUCUGUCAUUUUGGCCAAUUCAAGGUAAUCAAAUAAUUUAUCUUGCCUCUCUUUUUUUGUUGAUACUAUCUCUUUUUUCCGAUUAAGAUUCUCGCUACUGAUGUUGCAUAUAGGAAUAUUCUCUUAUUUUCACUUGCAGUGUUGGAGUCUAAUAUGCCCAGCGGAAAAGCUUCUGUCUCUUUUUUUUAAUAAAGGUUUGUUUAAAUAUUUUCUUCAGCUUAUCAUAUACCAUAUCCCAGAAGCUCUUAAUUUUAUUACAGGUCCACCACAUAUGUAGCAGCGUCCCCUCUGCUUGAUUACACCUCCAACACAUUUUGGAUUUUGUUUUAUACAUCUUGAAUAUUUUGCUAGGUGUUAUGUACCAUCUAUAAAACAUCUUUAGAACAAUUUCCUUUAUGGCUGCUGCUUCCUUUCUUUGCCACCUCCUGCAAGGCCAAAUUUUAUUUUCUCUUUUGGUGCAAGAGCAGUUCUGUGCAAAAGAGCUGCUUUAAAAAUAGAAACAUCAUGGAUGUGCCUCCAGCAACAGCCAGUGAGAAAAGGAAGGCUGUAUCAUUUCCCUUUGGCUAAUGAAAACCAAAUGGAAGUAGCGGGUUUGGUAGCAGGCUGUGUGGCAGGAAAGCAUCACCACACAUGUAAAAAACCCCCACACCUACACCACAUGCAGUGUGCAAUUUUGUAUUGACUUUUUUGCCCUUAUUCAAUUAUUCACGGAUUGGGAUAAUUCAGAUUUAUCAGAGAGGAAUUGUGGCUGUCACUUGAAUGAGGAGGAUUUCAUGAGAAGGAUAUUUAAGAAUAAGAAUAGAAGAGACACAGGAAGCUUCAGCUCCACAUUAAGUGUGGAUGAGCCCAAAGUUAUUAGCCAAGAAAACCAACAACCUUUAUAUCAAGCUCAGCAGAAAAUGCCCAGUUCUCUCUCUCUCUCACCUCCCACUUUUGGUUCUGGCCCCUCACUGUGAGACCUGACAUGUGUGCCUCACUCCCACAGUCUAGUCUAGUCCAAUCUUUGGGAGAAGUGGGUUUGUUGCACGAGACCUCCCAAUCACCAAUUUGUCAGGGUGUGAUUGCCUCCACGCAAAGAGAGUGAUGGUUUGGAAGUGCCUUGUGAUUGACCAGAAGUGUGGCAGAGUGAGCCUUCAAACUAUGAGCCCUGGUCUCCCCUGUUUAUCGAAUAUUUUUGCCAGGGUUGGUUCUUGAAGACCAGGUCAUUCUCCAGGCACUAGGAUGAUGGUGUUUGUCAUGCUUGCCUUGAAGAGAGCCUUACAAGCCCUUGAGAUUCACAUGACUAUAUCAGGAAAUAUGCAUCUUGGCACCUUCAUGAACCAAGAGUUACUCACUGAGCUGUGUAACAUUUGUAUACCAGAGUUCCAGUGCAGUGUUGUCGAGUUCCACUGAUGUGCCUCCUCAGAUGAGGCUGGGCCCAAGGGCCUUGGCCUUGCCCUGUUGCAGGUAGAGUGGCAGGCUGUGUCUGAAUAAAGACAGGUCUGCUCCUGCUGCCCUGUCAGCAUGGUUGACAGAUGAAGCAUCCCAGCCUGGAAUGUACCUGUUGACAGGAGAGCGAUGUUGUCCUGCUUGCUUUGACACAGCAACUGACAUAGCACAGAAAGUGAAACUUCAGUGCAUGUAACUGUAGUUGUUAUUUUAGCCUUAGUUCUUGCAUUCCCACCCCCCUCCCAGGAUGGCUAGCUACCCAUAAAACACAACAGUAAAAACGGUGUUGAAAAUCGCAACAAAAACCCAACAUUUUCACCCCCCCAAAAUGGGACUUCAGUGCUCAUCAGCAGGGUUGUGCCCAAGCACUGGACCUUUGGCACUGGACCUUUGCCAAGUGUCAGAGUGCCGGAAUGAAAGGCUUUCUGGCGCUCAGCAGUCGGAUGCACCGGAGCUCUGGUGAGACCCUGCUGGCUUGCACCACAACAAAAAACGGGAAAUCCCAGGAUGCAAACAGAAGCUGGGAUUGGCUUCUGUGAUUCCCGGAUGUCCCCCUUAAAACAGGACAGUUGAGGGGUAUGUAAUACAGCCCCACACAACACAGUAAUCAAAGGCAUAAAGUAAUCAGUGCUGCAGUUGGCUCAAUAGGACAGGGGUGUGGAAGCAAAUUGUCUCCCCUAGCGCUGUGGGUCAAAACUCAGAGAAGGGUGGGGUUAUCCAACUAUCAAUCACCUGACGGUGAUGUCCGGUGACCCUUUUUCUCCUUUAUGGUUUGAAAUCAAACUAUGUGGGGAAAUGUGCAGCUUGCAAGAUUCUCUGAAAGAACCAAGUGCCAGCUGAUAUUUGGGUCUUGUGGAGCACUUUGCAAGAGGCUUUGCAAGACCCAGUGAUCAGGUGAAGGUCAGCUGGGGUGUGGUAUGGGCCAAAAAUGGCCUUAUGGGCCAAAUGAGGAGGCCUGAGGGGCUCCAUUAGGCCAGAGGUCCCCCCCCCUUCAGUAAGGCCACUCUAUGAUCUGAAGGCCUGUGCAAAUAAAUAGGUCUUUGGCUGUCACUUGAAUGAAAAUCAGUUUGGGGCCACCAGAUCUGUACAGGAAGGGAAUUCUGCAGACAGGGUGCUGCCCCUGAGAAUGCCCUACAGGGCUCCCCAUCAGAUCUGAGAACCUGGGUUGACAGGUGAGAGACGCCACCACAUAAAGUACUUUGGGUCUAAGCUCUUCAAGUCAUUAAGUACCUUGAAUUGGGCCUUGAUAAAGAGACCCAUCUUGUCGCUGGAAGUCCAUGUGGCCUCACUGGGAGGAGGGCCUAUGCCCAGUUUCAGAUUUAGAUGGAGGUAACUUGGCUACAGUAAUCCAGCCUCUGAGAACUUCCCGGUUGUAUUUCUGAGAUGCCCUCUACAUUGGACUUCUCUUGAAGAUCGCUACAAGGACACUGCCCAUUUGCUGCUUGGGGCAGCAAGGUGGCAUUGCAUGACCCCAAUUGGCAGAGUAUUGCACUGGCUGCCAGUGGGCUACCAGGACUCUUUAACCUCUUUAACUUGUCCCCAGUGUUGAUGCUAUAACAGAGGUUCACAUCUUCAAAAUCUCUGCUGAGCUGAACAUUUUGGUACAGAGUUGCUUCUUUCAGUUAUUGGAAUCCAACAGUGGCAUUUAAUUUAGAAAGACAUGUACAGUUUAAGGAAAGAUUAUUUGAUAUAUAUUCCAUUUCCCAGUUCAUACUAGUGGUGGGUUUUUUUUGGGGGGGGUGAUCUGAUUUUUGCUGACCUUUCAGCCUUUGUGUGGUUUCAAACAAAGCCCUGACGAAAAAUGAGUUGCUAUUCUACUAGGACUCCACAUCUGCAUCCAAAAUGUAUGCUAGGCAGCCAUGUCUCUUCCAGCUUGACCCGCCUCCACUCCAGUAUCCUGAAUAUUGCAAUAAGCAAGAUGUCAGGCAGGAGAGGAUAAUAGGGUAACAAGAGCAGAGGAGGAAUAGACAGGAGAAGCCAUGGCUGCUUCAUCUCUGACUGGAUCAAGGAGGGAUCCAACUUUGCCUACUGACCAGGGUAUAUGCAGAGUGGGAAAGAAAUUGUCUGGAUUAAAUGAUUGCAUCCUAUGGAUUCAUGUGUCAUAGGUUAGAAGCUAAUGCCAAAGAGAGAACGCGCUUCCAUAGCCAGGGCUGUAUUCCAGGGAGAUUCCCUAACCCUCCACCCCCAUCUCAGUUCCUGCCAAUACAAGUCAACUUUAUAAGAGAGGGGAAUCCGUCCAAGGAAAUGAAUCUUAUGUGUAACAUUUUAGGGACUGGGGGGGAAAGGAUGCUUAAAAAGAGAGCUGUGUUUAUGGAAUAUGGCAAGCAAAAUGAAUGUGGUGAAAAGUCUGCUAUUUCUCAGCAUGCUGAAGAUAUUAGUCAGUAUUUAAGUAGGACAAAACUCUAAGGUCAUCACGGCAUUCAGAAAAAAAGGGUGCUGACAGCUGGCAUAAGCAAACGUUUAUCUCUCCCAUCAGAUCCUAAGCCAAUGUGUUCUUAGGGAAUUGGUAGGAGACUGCUUCUGGAAUGCCAUACAUGCUGCCGAGCUCUCCACUUUUGAAACAUGACCUCAACUAAGAUCUAAAUGGGACACAUAUCAAAUAAUCCUUCCUUAAACUGUACGUUUCCUUCCAAAUUAAAUGCCACUGUUGGAUUCUAAUAACUGAAAGAAGCAAUUCUAUACCAAAAUGUUCAGCUCAGCAGGGGUUUUGAAUAUGUGACCCUUCGUUAUUCUGUAUUUUGCACUUUCAGAAACUGACAGUGUAGGAGACAGUUAGCCAUGUGUUCUGUUCAUGGCGGAGAGCAGCAGACUGCAGGGAGAGAAGCAGAAGAUGCUGUCAGGCAGCCACAGGCCAGAGCCCUGUGAGUAUUGGGGGUUUUCAUAGCAGAAAGCAGUUUGAAAGGCAGAUUAUAUGCAAUUAUAUAUAAAAUAGUCACCGAACAAUAUAUAUGACCAGCCAGCAAUAAAUAUCCACUGGGCAGCUUACAAACAAUAUUUAAAUUUCUUUUUAUUAUUAAACUCAACAAUCAAUAAGACAGCACCUGCAACCCCCUGUUGCAGCUUCUGGUAAAUGGAUUUUGUGGGGGGUUUUCUUCUUAAAUUAUUUCAAAAAUCUGUUUAUCCCAACUUAACAAUGAAAGGAAAGGAACAUUGGUGUUCAUUGUGGCAAUCAAAGCUUCUCUGAAGCUACAGUCUUUUUCCAAGUUUAGUUGCUUGUUUCCAUUGUGAACAGUAUAUUUUCUACAGAGGAAAGCACCAGGGGUGGCCUAUCCUGUUUUGGCACCUGAGAUCAAAUGGUAAGGUGCCCCCCACCACGGCGUGCUUACCAGGAUUGUGCAGAGGUGGCUUCCAAGUUCUGGAAGUAGGGCUCCCCCCUUGUGUGUGGGGGGGGGAAGGGAGAGGCACCCAUGCCACUGCCAGAAAAGUGAGAUGUGAGAAAAGACAGCAGCAGCAAAAUCUUGUGCAGAGUCCUGUGAGAUCUCACAAGAGCUCUUUAGGAUCUCAUGAGAUUUUGCGGGGCUCUUGCAGGAUCUUGCCAGAACCUGCUGCUGCUUCUCCAGUGAUGGCGGAUGGGGGCCUGUGGGGGGGUGCUCCAUUGAGAUUCUACUGCCUGAGGGAGGUGCUUCAAUCUGCAUCAUGGGAGGGCUGGCCUUGAAAAACACAAACCUUGAAAUGUGCAACAAGUGGGUGAGGUCAGAGCUUUCCCACUCCAAUAUCUCUCUAUGAAUAAAUGGUGGAAACUUCUUUUAAAGGGCUGCCUAAUUAGGCAGAUGUUAAGAGUUGAGUAGGGACGUGGGUGGUGCUGUGAUCUAAACCAGUGAGCCUCUUGGGCUUGCCGAUCAAAAGGUCGGCGGUUCGAAUCCCCGCGACGGGCUGAGCUCCCGUUGCUCGGUCCCUGCUCCUGCCAACCUAGCAGUUCGAAAGCACGUCAAAGUGCAAGUAGAUAAAUAGGUACUGCUCUGGUGGGAAGGUAAACGGCGUUUCCAUGCGCUGCUCUGGUUCGCUGGCCAAUAGUACGCCAGCUUCCUCGGCCAAUAAAGCAAGAUGAGCGCCGCAACCCCAGAGUCAUCCACAACUGGACCUAAUGGUCAGGGGUCCCUUUACCUUUAAGAGUUGAGUACCAUUAAUGCAUCUUUCAGAUUCACUACAGUUUUCAUAAUAAAUGUUUAAAGAUUUAUUGCUAGCUAGAAAUGCCACCCAAGUUUGAGAAAGUGACAUACUCUGGAGCCAAGUGGGAAAUGGUUUGGGGGCAUUACAAGCAAACAAAAAUCUUCUGCUACACUGUCCGUGGAACUUUUCAUCACUUGUGGUAGUGGAGAGCAAACCUUUUUGUAUAAGGAAGAAAACAAAGCCCAUUAAUGUCCCUAUGUGCUUAAGAAAAAAACAAAAACAGUGUCUUUAAUACUUUCUCAACCUCUGAGCCGCUCACUUUGUGUUCAGCUUCCAUGAGAUAGACACGAUUUCUGGAUUUGGUUAAUUUGGUUAUUCUGAAACACCAUGUAUGUAGUAUAUAAAGGGGAAAAUUUUAACUGUUAAUGCUUUUUCAUUGUUAUUUCCAUUAUUUAUAUAUUGAUUUACUGCAUGGCGCUUUACAAAGCAAACAAAACAAAGUGAAGUGCAAAAGAGGCCUCUGCCCUGAUUAGCCUACAGCCAAAAGUCAGCCACCACGAGAGUCAGGAAAGGAACUAACCAUGCUCUUCGGAAGGCCCCCUGCUCCUGCAGCUACCUCUACUUAGGCCUUAUUCUGCUGGAGAUGAGGACCAGCAAAGCUCACCCAAAGGCACCAUGGAAGAGGAAGGUUAUAGCCUGGGGUGUGAAGGGUGAGAAGCCACCUCACAGGUGUUCUCAGAGGCAUUGUGAACACAUCUGCAAAUGGCUCUUUGUUUGCAGCAUAUUCAGCCGACCCUUCUCUUUAGAAACUACAUUCAUAGUGGCAUUUUUCUCCAUGGUGUCUUCUAAACUUCCUUGCUGCCACAGCUUCUUGUCUUCACCACCUGGAGCAGGGCAUCAAUGAAUUGAUCUUCAUGACUGUGUCAUUUCAUGUGGUUGGGAGCAGUGCUUAAGAUCCUCUGGUCCCAAAUUACUUUAAAAUAAAAGCCAGUCCUCUGAAACAGACUGCUAAAACAGCAGAACACCUCUCUUAAAGGCCCCAUUCUUCCUGUCAACACCCUGGUAAUCGCAUUGUAGACAAACCGAAGUUUUCAAACUUGCCUCCAAAGGUAGGUUUUUGUACAGAAUAUUACAGGAAUCUAACCUGAAGGGGUUCCUGCACUGCAGGGGAUUGGACUAGAUGACCCUUGGCGGUCCCUCCCAUCGCUGCUCUUCUAUAAUUCUGCGACCAGGGCAUGCAUGAUGACUGUGGCCUGUUGCACAGCCUGGGAGAUAGGCUGGAAGCUUGUGACACUCCAUAACCCAAAGGCCACAGAAUGGAAUAGCCAUAUCCCCUGCGGGAAACGACCUGACCGGAAGGACUAAGGUCAUUAUUCAGUAUGGCAGAGCUGAGCCCAGUUAUAUUUGUGGCACUAAUUCUUCUUCCUCCUCCUCAACCCACAGGUGUGGUUCGCCAGGUGAAACCCAUCAUUGGCCCCUUCCACGCUACCUUGAAGCUGGAGAUGAACUACGUCAUUGGAGGGGUUGUCUCACACCGCAACGUUGUCAACGUGCACAUCUUUGUUUCGGAGUACUGGUUCUGAUCCGCCUCGCCACCUGGGUGGAAGCAGGAGAGCUUCCAAGUGAAACUCUACCACAAACUCAUAGAAACGUUAUGCACACCUUUGGGGGCAGGGAGGGGUGAGACGGGGGUUGGGAGUGAGACCAAAUAGCUUUCUUUUCAAGUAACAUUUCUGGUUUAUAGUUUAAUUAAAGGACCAAUAGCAAACUAUCUAAAAUAGAAGUAGGAUGGAGCAAUAACCUUUGAGUCUGAUCUAGCUGGAUUGUAUAUACAAAUAAAUAGUGUGUCCAGCUCCCUGUCCUUCUAUGGGGUUUUACAUUCUGUUUUGCUGAGGUCUUUUAGUCAGGGUGCUGCAUGCAAGAUUUUGCAGGAUCAGAGCCUUGCCUGCCCUCACCCUCCCUACUUCCACCUUCUUGAAUGCCUUGCCUGGCUAUCAAAUUAAUUUUUUUCAUUGUAAAAAUCCAGAAAUCACCUCUGAUGAAUUUGGGGCAUAACCAGGGCUUUUGUCCAGCUCAGUUCUGGCACCAAUGCCGUUAUAAGAGAACAAGGGAGGUGUUUUUUGUGAGUUCUGGCACCUCUUCUUUUAGGAAAAUAGCACUGGGCAUAACUGACCUCAAAAAUGACCCCCCACCACACAUAUUCCACAUAUAUUCUCUUGCAAUGAGUGGGGCGGGUGGGUGGAGUUCUCUAGUGCUUCAAAAUAGGUGUGUAUUUUGGGGUUUUUUUAUCUGAAAAUUUCAUUAAAAGGCAUUAGCAUUAGGUAGGCCCCAACUAAAGUAAAUGGUAGAAAAAUAAACACUGUAUAUGCCAAGGUAUUGAGGGGCUAAAUGACCCCAGUAUUGGGGAAAAUGUCACUUAACAUGUGGUACCUGAUGUGAAAUCAGCCGCUAAGAGAAGGAUGUGCUCAUGAUUCAUUGUCUUGGAUCCAAAGUCCAAAUGGCACUUUGGGUUUCCCCCCAAACAGCAACCUCUCAUGUCACAAUGCAGUCUGCUUUUUAAACAGAGGAGAGUUUCAAAAGCAGUCUGUGAUAUGAGAGCCUGCUGCUUAAAGCAAAAAAAAAAAAAGGGGGAAAAAAAAGGGUAACAGGAACAAGCAAUAAUCUUUUUUGAGCUUGCCUAAGGUAGGGCUGCAGGCCUUUUCUCCAUCUUCUUUUAGCUGUGCAUCAUGAAGGUUUAGAACUGAAGGGGGAAAUGUGUGAAUUUGGUACUCCUUAAUCUGCAAGAUCCCCAAAGGCAUUAACAACUCAAGGCAUUGCAGAUCCCAGAUACUACUCUAGAGUUACACCUCUUAGGCUAGAAAAGGAGGGGGCCCUUCCAGAGUGGGGGGCCCUGACCGCUGUCCAGAGAUGGCAGGUUCUGACUCCCAUCCUGUAGACUAAACUACUUUUAGUGGCUUUUGAGAUCCCCAUUUCUUUGGUGACAAACUAGAAUGAAAUCAACAGUGCAGUGGAACCAAGUAAUUCGAAACCUUUAUGCCAUGAUCCAGCAGCAGAGAUAUGUACAUAGAAACAGUACGUACCUAUUGUGGAUACAUACUAGAUUGGGAUUGGUGUUUUAGAAGCUAAAAUUAUUUUUUAAAUUAGUCAUGGUGAAGGGCCCAAUUCAGUUGCAGUGAUGGGCUGCAGAACAGCUGGUGGCUCCAGAUGUGGGUGGACAUCACCUUGAGGCACAUCCCAAAGAGUCCUCCCACUAGGGCUCAGGUGAGCAUGGAUUUAGGCCACCAUUAUGCACACAGGAGGGCUUCUUGCUGGGUUGGAGCAAUCGUGUAUGAGGCUUCUUAUGUAUCAUACUGAAGUAUGACCCAAUAAUGUAAUGAAACUCAAUAAAUGAGUGUUGUUUGUAUCUAUAGUUUCUCUCAACCAUGUAUCGUUUUUAGGAAAAUAAACUUUUUCAUUUUUUAACAGUUGUUCA